UGCAGACAUAAAAAAGGCAAGGACAGCUUUGCGAUGUGACAUUAAAUGUGAAGACUGUAAAAGUAAAGAGGUUAGUUAGGUUUAACAAAAAAUAUUAUAAUUAUUAUUAUUGGGUUUUUAAGACACAAUUUGGUGUCAAAUGAAUGAAAGGUAAUUGAAUGGACUUACUUCUUCAGUUUGACUAAAAUAAACUACCACAAAAGACAUCUGAAUAGAUAGCCUCGGCCCUAAGUAGGUAGUUGGAUAAAAUUUUCAAAUUGAAUGAUUUAAGAAAUGAACGCAUCUGUAAGAUAGAUCUUGUUAAAUGAAGUAAUAAUAUGUUUUUAUUUAGCACUUUUGGUUAAAAAGUUAUGAUUUUUAGUGUGAAUAAAAAAUCACUUUUUUUAAAACAUAUCUUGGUUAAACAUCUUAUAAAGCUCUACCUUGAAACCUAAAUUUAAAAUAUGAACCAAAUAAAAUAAGACCAGUAGACUUCAAUAGACCUAUGUCAAUAAAGUUGUAUUUCAGGAUUAGUAUUUAGUAUUGCCUGAGAAGUAGGCUAGGCUACCACUAUAUCGGCUCUAUAUAAAUAAACGAAGUGUCUACACGUCAGCGCGCCGGACAAAUAGUGCGCAAGAUAUACGUCCGGCGGCAUGUCACGCUAGUAGUUUUUAUUAUUCCGAACGAAGUGCAGAUUGGUAGAUCUUGUGUGGUCUAGUGGUAGAGUGGUUGCUUAAUAAUGUUAUUAUGAUUUAAGGAUCAAUUCCGGGGAAAGGAUAGUUUUUUUUCCCCAUUUUAAUUAAAAAUAUUUUAUACUAUAUUUUUAUUAUCAUGUUCAUCAGCAACAGUAGUUUCAUGAGGAGUUUUUAAAUAUUUUGUAGCAAUUUAAACAAUUUAAAAUGAAAUCUUUUACUUUUAUUGGUUGCCUACUCCACACUGGCCCCUAAUUUAUUUUAUGGAUUACUGGUACACAAACUCAAAUAACAAACAAAACAAAAAUGUUUACAAGCCACUUUCACUUAAUUUUUUUUCUAUUAUUUGCAUUCAAGAUACUAAGUACUUUACUUGGUAGAGAAAUAGAUUUUAAAAUUAACAAUUUAAUAACAAUAGUUUUGAAUCAUUCGCAGUCACGUGACAAGGCUGACCGACAAGAUAUCUAUCGCCCUUUUGUUACGGCGAUCAUGUGACUUGGUCGCCGGACAAAUAGUGCGGGAGAUAUACGUCCGAAGGCGCGCCGGACGUGUAGACACUGCCAUAAAUAAAACUAUCUUAUUGAUAUAAUUGAAAGUAUUAUAUUAUGGUCCCACAUAAUUAUUAUGGUAAAAAUAUGUAUUAUAGAGAAAUAUAGGACAUGGUUAAAUUGGAAUAAUAUUAUAUAAUAAUAGUAAUAUUAUUAUUAUUAGUAAUAAAGUAAAGCAAUGCUCAUUAUUAUUGGGUUAUUAUAUUAUUACAUUACAUCUCUGUAGUUUAUAUUAAAUUGAUAAGAAUAGCCAUUUCCGACAACCCAUUUUUUUUUUAAAGGGGGUUACCACUGAUAUAUUUUAAUUUUCUUACACAUUUAAAAUUUUUUUUUUUAAAUUCAUAACUUUUUGUUUAAAUAACCUAUCAUUACAAAGUAAAGUUAUUAUUUUUGUGGAAAGGAUCACAACAUUGGUACAGGUAAACAACUUUGUUGUAAAAAUUUACACAAAAAAGUAAUAAGCUAUUAAGUACAUACCUCUGUAUGAAAUUAAAUGCGUUGCCGUUCACAAUGUUUACAAUGCGGUAAAAAUGGUACCAGCUUGCUCAGAAAAAUAUGCGCUCUACGUCACUGAUGACCAAAUAAUUUAUUAUUAGAAAACUGUGACCUGAACCGCAAAAAAACGAAAGCCUCGCCAAGCCGUCUGUUGUUAUAUUGCCACAAGAGUUUUCCGUCAGUUUUCGGUCAUGUGCAAACGGUAUGCGCGAGAGGGUAUCGAUGUACCUACCUAUAUUAAGAUGUAGGGUUUAUUUCUUUGUGAACUAUCAGCCUCCUCGCCUUAAACUUAAUUAUUUACCACCCUCACUAUUACUUUGUUACGGGGGUUAUGUGACUUGGUUGCCGGAUGAAUAUCUCGAUAAAGUAUUCUUCCGGCGGUCAUGUGACUUGGUCCCUGGACAAAUAGUGCUGGAGACACUGCCACUGAUAAACUGUUGGUUAUGUUAUCCGGGAGCUAAAGCUAAUCCAUGUCCAUACAUUUACUAGACCAGCAUUCAAUCCUCAUCUAAUCAAAUAUUAUUUGACAUUGUCAAAUUCCAAUUAUUUGCAUAAUAACUGCCCUUUUUUCCCCUAAAUUUUCCUACAUUUUUAGACUUUUUGUUCUCAGAAACAACAACUUAAUAAUCAACUGCUUUUCAGUAAAAUCUGAAAAUUUUGAACUAAUUGACAUGUAUAGGCAGAUCUUUUAUAUGGGCUUUGCAGUCCCUGCAGCUGAAAUGGGCUGAAACCUAUUUAAGUUUAAGGGGUCCAAUGAGAUUUACUUCUUAAAUUGUAAUUAUAAGCAUUUAUCUAGUUUGAAAUUAAAAUCAUUUUGAAUGACCCACACACCUGUCUCCCUUAACUGUGAAAUUGUGUGACAUGGCCUGAUGUAUUGUUGUUAAAUUCAUCUGCAACAUUGUAUUACACUACUGUUUGUUACAUUAUCAAUUCAUUUCCUUGAUGCAUGUGAUUUUGACAGUCACAUCAUUGUCAUAACAACAAUCACCCUAAAAUAUAAUUGAAAGAAAUUUUAAUUUAAUGUAGACCUAUUGUACAUAAUGAUAGUCUAAUGUUAUUGUUGGGUGUAUAUCUACUAUAUAUAAAUAUUUUUUCCCCAGGUAUAUAAACAUACAUUGUAGUGUAAAAAACUGAGCAGUAUUUGCACAGGCCAAACAGCUACACACCGUAAAACAGCUACACACCCUAAUGGAUGUGAAACAGAUCCUUUACAGCUGGUGUGGCAAAAAUAAAGUAGGAAAUCCUAACUACGAGUUCUCCUCAGGUGGGCCGAAACACAGACAACGAUUCAAGUGUGAGGUAAGCUUGACAGUUCUUCAUUUAAUUCAACAUUUUCAAUCAGUUAAUGUUAGUGGAAUACAAAAAUGUUACUUAAAAUAUAUUCAAGAUGUUUAGGGUGUUUACAGAUAACUUUUGUUUGCCAAUAAAUUGUUUGAAAUGAAUCUUGAGAAACUGUAUCUCAGCUUUGGGUUACUUGUCAUUUACUUAAAGGGCAAUUCAAAGAUAGCAAGCUGAACUGAACCAUCUUGGCACUAUUUAGGAUGCUAAGGAAAAUUUGCCUGUACCAGAAUAAUGUUACAGGUAUUUGGAACAAAUUUGAUGUAAGUAAAUGAAAGGUAGUAAUGAUCUGUAUUUACUAGGUUCACGUGGACUCCCUGGAAUAUGUGGGCGUGGGGAAUUCAACCAACAAAAAGGAUGCCCAGUCAAAUGCUGCCAGGGAUUUUAUUCAGUACUUAGUUCGAAUAGGUCGCAUUGGUGCUGAUGAGGUCCCAGCAAAUCUGGUGAGUUAAUUUUGGACAUGACAUCAUACUUGUCUCUAUGUUAUCUACUUUCGUCUCUAAAAGUCAACAAAAAAACUUUGAAAAAUGUAUUAAAUACUUGUGCAUCUAUUAUAAGUUUAAGUAUUUAUUAUAAGUUUAGGUACCUGUUAUAUGUUUGGGUUCAACUUUAAAAAAAAAACAAAUAUAAAGUUACCUAUUUAUACUUAAACUUUUUUAAAUUGCUUAAAAUAAUUUUCAGUUGUCUGAUAGCAUUGCUGAGCAGCAGCAAGAAAACCAGUCCUCUGGGGAGGGCAGCGGUGGCCUCAGAGGUGUACUGCCAGGGGGUAACCUGGCCCCACAUUUGAGACUAGGUGGUAAGUUUGGCUUACUAAACAAGAAUAUUGAAAAAUAACUUAAGCUUUUACUAUUUAGAUAAAUUGGCAACAUCUUCUUUAAAACCUGUGUGUUGCUGGGUAAAGAUAUUUCUACUUUGAAACCUGUGUGUUGCUGGCUAAGGAUAUUUCUACUUUAAAACCUGUGUGUUGCUGGCUAAAGAUAUUUCUACUUUAAUACCUGUGUGUUGCAGGCUAAAGAUGUUUCUACUUUAAAACCUGUGUGUUGCUGGCUAAAGAUAAUUCUACUUUAAAACCUGUGUGUUGCUAGCUAAAGAUAUUUCUACUUUAAUACCUGUGUGUUGCAGGCUAAAGAUAUUUCUACUUUAAAACCUGUGUGUUGCUGGCUAAAGAUAUUUCUACUUUAAAACUUGUGUGUUGCUGGCUAAAGAUAUUUCUACUUUAAAACCUGUGUGUUGCUGGCUAAAGAUAUUUCUACUUUAAAACCUGUGUGUUGCUGGCUAAAGAUAUUUCUACUUUAAAACCUGUGUGUUGAUGGCUAAAGAUAUUUCUACUUUAAAACCUGUGUGUUGAUAGCUAAAGAUAUUUCUACUUUAAUACCUGUGUGUUGCAGGCUAAAGAUAUUUCUACUUUAAAACCUGUGUGUUGCUGGCUAAAGAUAUUUCUACUUUAAAACCUGUGUGUUGCUGGCUAAAGAUAUUUCUACUUUAAAACCUGUGUGUUACUGGCUAAAGAUAUCUCUACUUUGAUACCUGUGUGUUGCAGGCUAAAGAUAUUUCUACUUUAAAACCUGUGUGUUUGCAGGCUAAAGAUAUUUCUACUUUAAAACCUGUGUGUUGCAGGCUAAAGAUAUUUCUACUUUAAAACUUGUGUGUUGCUGGCUAAAGAUAUUUCUACUUUGAUACCUGUGUGUUGCAGGCUAAAGAUAUUUCUACUUUAAAACCUGUGUGUUACUGGCUAAAGAUAUCUCUACUUUAAAACCUGUGUUUGCAGGCUAAAGAUAUUUCUACUUUAAAACCUGUGUUUGCAGGCCAAAGAUACAUCUACUUAAAAACAAGAAUCUGUCCCUGUGGUGCUACAGCCCAUAUAGGGCUUUGGCCUGCCUCACCACUUCCUUCCACUCAGACCUAACUAAUGCUUUUCUUUUCCAUGAAGGAUUCCCAGCAGUUUUAGAUCUUUUUCCACAUCAUCCAUCCAGGUCUAGUUCUGCCUUUGAGCCGUUUUUCUCUGAGGUUUUGAUGAUGCACCUUCUUCACUCCUCUGUCAUUUGGCAUUCUCUCUAACUGUCCUUGCCCAGUGCAGCCUAUCCUUUUUUAUUUCUGCUACUAUCGUUGGAUCCUGAUAUAGACUGUACAAUUCAUGGUUGAUUCAUAUCCUCCAUCCAUAGUCAUCCUUUGUUGGUUCAUAUAUUUUUCUUAGAACUUUCCUCUCCCAUGUGUUUAAUAGGUUUUCUGCCGUUUUUGUUAGGGUCCAAGUUUCACUUGCAUAUGUUACAACUGGUCUGAUUACAGUUUUAUAAAUAAUUUUGUUUGUUUCUCUUGUAAUGUUUUUUCUUUUGAUUAUUUUUUAGUGUAAAAUGAGAAGGUCUUGAAUAAAAUACUGACUGCAACCUAAAAAAGACUAUUACUGCUUAACAUUCACCACAUAGAUCUAUGAGCACGGCAUGAUUUCCAACCAUGUCUCAUCAAAGACGUCCAACCACGGCAAAUAAAAAAAAUCCCCCUCAAGUCAAGUUAAAUAAAAGCUUUUAAGAAAGAGUUGCUUUUGAAGUGUUGUUGUAGUACUAGUUAUUAUAUUGACAAGCACAUUUUUGUAGUAACAGGUGUAAUUAUUAUUCCCAUAGCUGAAAAACUGACUCCAGAUGGGCCCCCUAGAGAUUUCCCAGCUUAUCAGAGAGGACCACCGCAAGCUUACAUGGAUAGGAUAGCAGAGAAACGGAAAUUGGAAGAGGUAAUCACAGUAAUGUAAUCACUGUGUUUAAAAAAAAAAUGUUGUUAUAUACAUUUCUUCUUCUUCUUCUUCUUUAUUUUAAGGGCCCACGAUCAAUGAAUUGAUCAUUCUGGCUCCUAUGUUUCAGAGGGGUUUGCGAUGUUACUGUCCAUGGGUUUCAAUGGGAUACUUCACUGGUUGCAAGGGCGACUCAGCAGUGGUGUUAUGAACUGGGGGUUGGAAUACAGGAGGCAAUAGACACAAAUGUAUCGAGUGUAGCCGCCUCAACUGUUGCUUUUGGAAGCUUGUUCCAGUCCCCUAUUGUCUUCGGCAGGAAUGAGGAGCUUCUGUACUUCGUUCUUGUUUUUACCAGCCGGAACUGUUUGUCGUGACUUCGUCGCAGUCAGGGGGGAAGAUGAACGAGUUUCUGUUUGAUUCCGGAGCAGUGCACCAGCCCAUUUGUUAUCUUGUACAACAUGGUGAGCCUGGAUAGUCGUCGUCGUUCUUCCAAUGUCGACCAGCCCAGUGUUUCCAGCAUGCUGCCAACACUCGAGGUGCUUCUGUAGCGGUUCAUGACAAAGCGUGCUGCCCGUCGCUGGACCGCCUCCAACCUGUCGAUGCUUUUCUGGGUAAAUGGGUCCCAGACUGUAGAAGCAUACUCUAAAAUAGGUCGGACAAAGGCUUUAUAGGCUUUUUCUUUCACGCUUGAGUUGCCGAUCUUCAGAUUGCGCCUUAGGAACCCCAGGGUCUUGUUUGCCCGGUUGCACACACUGUUAAUGUGCUCGUCCCAGCGGACCUCUCUUUGGAUGGUAACACCCAAGUACUUAACGGAGGAAACUGGCUCAAGAAUAUGGCCAUGCAGUUCGUAAGAGUGGUUUAGAGGGAACCUGCUUCUGGAGACUGACAGGGUCUGGCACUUGACGGGAUGAAAUUCCAUGUCCCAGCUCAUCUCCCACUCAGCUAACCGAUUGAGGUCUUGUUGAAGCUGGCUCUGGUCAGAGCUGUUGACCAUUGUCCUAUAUACCGCCGUGUCGUCUGCGAACAGUCUUGCUUGAGAGGUCAGCUUCUCGGGCAGAUCAUUGAUAUAUGCUAGGAACAAACAAGGGCCUAGCACUGAGCCCUGGGGGACCCCUGACUUAACACCGACAAAGGAGGAGGUUUUGCCAUCUACCACUACUGCCUGGCAUCGGUCGCUGAGGAAGCUAGAGAUCCAUGUUUUGGUAGUGCCUUGGAUCCCAUAUCUAUGCAGUUUGUGCAAUAGCAAGCUAUGGUUGACACGGUCAAACGCUUUUGAAAAGUCCAGCACAAGCACAUCAGUCUGCUUGCUGUUCUCCAAGUUGGUCGUCAACUCUUCAGCAAAUUCAAGGAGUUGGGUCUCGCAUGAUCUGUUGACUCGAAAGCCAUGCUGACAGUCAUUGAGUAUAUGACAGUCAAUAUUUGGAUAAUGGUCAUUGUUAUGUAGACGACAUGUUUAUGUCAUAUUUCCCCCUUGCUGUGACCUUUAGCAGACGCUGUGUUAGUAUUGGCUGUGGCUUAUUCCCUUUGAUCUUGUUUACCACAAAUUAAUCUGUCAUCUGUUUUUCUCCACUCGAAUUUGCUAGCAAAUUGUAGAAUGUUCGAGUCACUAAUACAAUGCAUACAUUAAUGACCUACCCGAGAAACUGACAUCACAGGCAAGACUGUUCGCAGAUGACACAGCGGUGUAUAGGACGAUCGCCAACAGAUCUGACCAGGACCAGCUACAACAGGAUCUCAAUCUGUUAGCUGAGUGGGAGAUGAGCUGGGACAUGGAAUUUCACCCUGCCAAGUACCAGACACUAUAAGUCUCUAGAAGUUGUAUUCCUCUACACUACCAAUACGAACUGCACGGCCAUAUACUUGAGCAAGUUUCCUCCGUAAAGUACCUGGGUGUUACCAUUCAAAGAGAGUUCCGCUGGGACGAGCAUAUUAACAAUGUAUGUAACCAAGCAAACAAGACCUUAGGGUUCUUAAGGUGAAAUCUAAAGAUUGGCAACUCCUGUGUGAAAGAAAGAGCAUAUAAAGUUUUUGUCCGUCCGAUUUUAGAUUAUGCAUCCUCAGUCUGGGACACAUUUACCCAGAAGAGCAUUGGCAGGUCGAAUUGACCGCAUUCGAGGUGGUCCAGCGGCGAGCAGCACGCUUUGUCCUAAACCGCUACAGGAAUACCUCUAGUGUUGGCAGCAUGCUGGAAACACUAGGCUGGUCACCAUUGGAGACACGACGACGACAAUCCAGGCUCUCCGUGAUGUACAAGAUAAAUAAUGGGCUGGUCCACUGUUCCAAUAUUAAACAGAAACUCGUCCCUUUCCCCCAUAGACAGCGACAAGGCCAUGACAGGCAAUUCAGGCUCAUACCAGCAAGAAGCCAGUAUAGGAGCUGCUCAUUCCCGCCCAAGACAAUCAGGGACUGGAACAAGCUUUCAAAAGGAACGGUUGAGGCGACAACACUAGACAAUUUGUGUCUAUUGCCUCAAGCCUUCAAACCCCUAGUGCAUGAUUCCCUCACAAAGUGGCACUGGAAAUCGGUGAAAUUUCCUCAUCAACACCAAGAACAGAAACAUUGCAAAUCCCAUCUUCAUGCAUAGGAGCGAAAAUGAUCAAUAAAUUGAUCGUGGGCCCUUAAGAUAUAGAAGAAGAAGAAGACUGUAGAGCAGAUACGCAGACCGUGUGUGAGGGUUAGUUUGGAACGUGUGAGAGUUUGUUUACAGUAGACUUCUUUUCAUUAUUUGUACAUUUUUGCACACUGUGUUUUAUUUCAACAUUGUACUUCUAAUACCAGCCACACAAUACACUGUAAGUUAAUAGUUUUAAAUUAUAUUCCUUUUUUUACUUUUGUACUCUAUUUUUAAUUUAAUAAAACUUAUUAAUUGUAAUGAGCCCUGUUCCGAGUAUCGUAUUAUUUGUUAUUGUUUUCAUCUAAUGGUGUCGCCUUUUGUUAUGCUCUGUUUUGGAACGAGCCAUAUAUGUAAAUAGGAGAUUAAUUUCUCCCUAUAGACGGCAGUGCUUAACAGUCAUCUAAUUUGAAAUAAUUGAGAAAAUGAGUCAAAAUAUUUUCUAAAAGCAGGUUUUAAAUUCAGAAUUGUUUUACAUUCUCACAUAUUACCUUCAAUAUUUAUUUUAAAAUUGUUAGGAAUGUCUUUAAAAAGUUUCAUCAUAAUAUAUUAUAUUCACAUAUUAUAUUCAUAUAUUAUAUUGACAUAUUAUAUUCAUAUAUUAUAUUGACAUAUUAUAUUGACAUAUGAUAUUCAUAUAUUAUAUUGACAUAUUAUAUUGACAUAUAUUGACAUAUUGUAUUUACAUAUUAUAUUCACAUAUUAUAUUCACAAAUUAUAUUGACAUAUUAUAUUCACAUAUUAUAUUCAGAUAUUAUAUUGACAUAUUAUAUAUUGCAUUGCAUGAAUGGGAUUAUGGAUGAAUAUUUGGAGAGAUUUUUAAUGUCAGGAAACUAGACCAAAAAAUUGUUAGAUGUAAAUGUAGAUGGCUUUACUAGGCAGGUCAGAUAGUUUGUGUAUCAUGCAAGGACCCAAUCAAAUAUGUACAGCAUUUAAUGUGUAGUACAUUCAGAUGUUCAUGUUUGUAAGGGUGUGCUGAAGGACUCUUCAGAGUUUAGAUUUAAUGUAGAGUCUAUAAUACAGCUAGUACUUGACUUACAACCUAUGCAACUUACGACCAUUCGACUUUAUGACCACAAUAACUAGCCAUGUUUGAUUUCAGAUUUAUUUUUGCCUCAAUUAUCAGUGGAAUGGCUUUGUCUGUAAUCAUUGGCGAUCGUUAACUAAGGUUAGGGAGGCAUGAUGCUAUACUGCUAGCCGGCGUCAUCUAAGAAAUAGCACGGUCACACUCAAUAACCCUAGGUCCAUUGACUUCCCCAAGCGUGGCUAAAGCUUGUUGAUUGGAGAGCUCUUCAGAGUUUGAAAAUUUGAACUUGUGUUUUGAACUGCACAAACGUUACCUAGCGGCCAUACUACAGCACUGCCAUUUCCGCGUGCACUAUUUCAACUGGUAUCCCAGACUUUGUACAGAAAAAAUUUAUGUUUUUUUUUGUCUUGGAUAUUUUAUUUUUAUCAAAUCUCUCCCAAAAUGUCUACCAAGAGGAAAUUGUCUUUGUCUAUGCCUCAGUCUGCUAAGAAGUGCACAAAGUGCAUGAAUGGCAUCUGGAAAACUUGUGUUAAACGCUAUGUUAAUGAUUUUCAUGGAUUUGACAGUGAACAUGAACUUGAAACGAUUCGGGAAAAAAUAGUAAAACUCUGCAAAUACCUUUUUUUGAGUGUGAAAUUAAAGAUGCCAAAGAGUUACAAGACAAAGAAGCUGGUGAACUUACAAAUGAAGAGUCAAUCUAACUGGAAGAAGAAAGAGUGGCGGAAGAAGAAAGAAGAUAAGCUAAGAAAAAAGAGGAUGAGCCAGAAAGAAAGUCCACCACUUAGGGAUUAUUAGGUUUAUCUUUACUGAAUAAACUUCUCGUUCAUUUUGAAGCAAUGGACCCAAACAUCAAACGAUUGCAAGGAUUGAACAAUGACCCACGAUGUGUUUUGUCCGUAUCGUGAAAUUUAUGAUGAAAAAAUGGAAACAUAGAAUUCAGACAAAGCUCACCAAGUUUAUAAAAAAACUAAUUCCGGUACCCCCAACUGCUGCCUUAGAUGAUGACAUUAAUGAUCUGCAGCCAAGCACCAGGGGCCAAUAAAAUGUUUCAUACAUGUUUAGAUAUUUUGAUGUUAAUGACAAUUUGAUGUGUUUUGCGAUUGGGAAAAUGUUUCCUAUAGUAUUUUCCACACCUGUAUUUCGUAUGUUUUGCAAAUAUUAAACCAGUUACACAUGUACAGUUAAUGCAGUGUAUUUCUUAAACCUGACGAUGUAAACAUAAGAAACAAAAUGGUGUAGAGAUGACAAAUUGCAUAAAAAGAACGUAGAAAAUUAUGAUUUAUAACAAUAAGAAAUUUAUGGUAUAAUUUAAGUUAAACAAUUUUUUAACAUCACUUCACAUUACUGUACAAAUAGGGUACUCAACUUACAACCAAAUUGUGUUACGAUCGGUCUGCCAGAACCGAUUGUGGUCGUAUGUCAAGCACUAGCUGUAUGGCGAUUUUUCCACUCUGAUUAUUUGGCUUUUUUUUUUCCAGAGGCUUAUUUUAACAAAAGGAAAUUUUUGGUCAAAUUAUCCUUGUCCCCUGAUGUUGUGAUGUAUUGUGCCACUGAAACAAUGUCUGUCUGAUGUAUAUCAUCCAACAGGUCUUUUUAGAUUGACAACUUGACAUGGACUUGAAACAAUGUCUGUCUGAUGUAUAUCAUCCAACUGCUCUUUUUAGAUUGACAACUUGACAUGGACUUAAAACAAUGUCUGUCUGAUGUAUAUCAUCAAACUGGUCUUUUUAGAUGGACUUCUUGACAUGGACUUGAAACAAUGUCUGUCUGAUGUAUAUCAUAAACUGGUCUUUUUAGAUUGAUUACUUGACAUGGACUUGAAACAAUGUCUGUCUGAUGUAUAUCAUCAAACUGGUCUUUUUAGAUUGACUACUUGACAUGGACUUGAAACAAUGUCUGUCUGAUGUAUAUCAUCAAACUGGUCUUUUUAGAUUGACAACUUGAUAUGGAAAUGAAUCUAACAAAGGCACAACCUGUUUAAAUACAGUUAUUUGUAACAGAGGAUAAGACAUAAUUAGAAUGUGUAUGUGCUUAUACCCAACAUACACUAUGUUAUCUACUCCUCUAGUCUGAAGACUGUGACUUCAAUGCUGAUAUCCAUGGUAACUGGACCAUGGAGAACGCUAAGUCACGACUACACCAGUUUCUACAGAUGAACAAGAUCAAAACUGACUACAAGUACCAUGUGAUGGGACCUGAUCACAACAGGUUCUUAUCUUUUGUUUUCUUGAUGGUUUCAUGUUUUAUGAAAAUGUUGCUUUGUUUCAAUUUUUUUUUUCCUUCUAUUUGGGGGGUGGAAGAGGUGUCAGAGGCUUAAUUGGAACAAUUUGGUUCUGGAGCAAUAAGUUUAUCUCCUGCAGUCUAGUAAUUGGUUCUGGAGCAAUAAGUUUAUCUCCUGCAGUCUAGUAAUUGGUUCUGGAGCAAUAAGUUUAUCUCCUGCAGUCUAGUAAUUGGUUCUGGAGCAAUAAGUUUAUCUUCUGUAGUCUAGUAAUUGGUUCUGGAGCAAUAAGUUUAUCUUCUGUAGUCUAGUAAUUGGUUCUGGAGCAAUAAGUUUAUCUCCUGUAGUCUAGUAAUUGGUUCUGGAGCAAUAGGUUUAUCUACUGUAGUCUAGUAAUUGGUUCUGGAUCAAUAAUUUUAUCUCCUGUAGUCUAGUAAUUGGUUCUGGAUCAAUAAUUUUAUCUCCUGUAGUCUAGUAAUUGGUUCUGGAUCAAUAAUUUUAUCUCCUGUAGUCUAGUAAUUGGUUCUAGAGAAAUAAGUUUAUCUCCUGUAGUCUAGUAAUUGGUUCUGGAUCAAUAAUUUUAUCUCCUGUAGUCUAGUAAUUGGUUCUGGAGCAAUAAGUUUAUCUCCUGUAGUCUAGUAAAAGUCUUUGUUAUUCCAUACCAAAAGUCUUUAUUAUUCCAUCCAUAUCAAUGGUCUCAUCUCUUAUAGUCUAGUAAAAGUCUUGUGAUUCUACAGCAAUAGGCUCAUCUCUUGUAGUCUAGCAAAAGUCUCAUGUCUUGUAUUCUAGUAAAAAUCUCAUCUCUUGUAGUCUAGCAAAAGUCUCAUGUCUUGUAUUCUAGGAAAAAUCUUAUCUCUUGUAGUCUAGCAAAAGUCUCAUGUCUUUUAUUCUAGUAAAAAUAUUAUCUUUUUUAGUCUAGCCAAAGUCUCAUGAUGAUGACCAGAGGAGCAAAAAACUAGUAUGUUAAACUUUUGAUUACCAGUGAUAACAAUGUGGCCUGUAGACAAUAUGGGGUCGACAAGGGUGAUGACAAUUUCCAAUAUUUUUCUGGUCAGUGCUUACAUCUGCCGAUAGCCAAUGAAAAAUGAUUGUUUAAAAUUAGAUUUAUAUGGCCAGCGAUGCCCAAUAAAAACUGAUAGUUUGUUUAAAAUUAGAUAUUUAUGGCCAAUGAUUGGUUUGGGCAAAAUUCAGUGAUUAAUAUUCGAAACAGUCUAAAAGAAGCAACUAUAAAUUGAUAAAUUAUGCUUCAUGUUUAGUUAGAUCAAUGGCCUAAAAUGGUUUGAUUGUAGGACCAGUGAAUAAAAUAACAUGAAUCCUAAUACCAGAAGUAACCGUUGAUCCUUCUUGUCAAAUAUGAAGAGCAAAGAAAAUUAACAUUAACUUCGUUUCAGCAUUCACAAAACUGAAAUUUUAAAAAACAUAUUUGGACAGUAUCAUAGUGAAAAUCCUAAUAACUACAGAGUCCCCAGGGCCUUUCAAAUAGGUCAAGCUGCUUUAUCCUUGUGCUUGAAUAAGCUGUUUUUAAAAUGUGUGUGUGCAAUCUUGUGACAAAUUUCUUUGAUUUCUGUAAGGCAGUUUAGACACAAUGUCACAAUCACAAUGUCUUGCCAAUCAUAACAGAGGCGUAGUGGUUCAAAUAAUAGAGACUAAUACUUUAUUACACACGAUCACAGUUAUAGUUAAUACCAAACAGCUCUACCUCUCAUGCUGAACAUACUAAAUCUGAAAACACUCGGAUUGUGUCAUGUGUCUUUCAAUAAUAGCCUCUCGGUAAACUUCUUUACUUGAUAAAGUGUUAUCACACUAUACAUCUUCAAACAAAUUACAUGAAUCGACUGUCAUAUUAUUCAACCUCCAUUUCUUGUUUCACUCCUUACUCUCCUCUGAUUGGCCUGUUUUCUCUAAGUCCCAAUACUCUGUAUAUUACAUAAGUAAUAACUCCCAUAUAACUUAUCUCCCAUAUAGUCAUAUCUGUAACAUAAACAAUAUUUUAGCCAAAAGCUCCUAACCAUUGCUUCCGAUUAAUGCUUUUAUCUUUUGAAGAAUAAUUAGUAAAUAAGAAAAUCUCUUGCAAAUGAACUUAUUUAAUAUGAACCGAAGAAAAUAUAUUGCAAAUUAAUUUAUUUAAUAUGGACUGAAGAAAAUAUCUUACAAAUGAACUUGUUUAAUAUGGACUAAAGAAAAUAUCUUGCAAAUGAACUUGUUUAAUAUGGACUGAAGAAAAUAUCUUGCAAAUGAACUUAUUUAAUAUGAACUGAAGAAAAUAUCUUGCAAAUUAACUUGUUUAAUAAUGGACUGAAGAAAAUAUCUUGCAAAUGAACUUAUUUAAUAUGGACUGAAGAAAAUAUCUUGCAAAUGAACUUAUUUAAUAUGGACUGAAGAAAAUAUCUUGCAAAUUAACUUAUUUAAUAUGGACUAAAGAAAAUCUCUUGCAAAUGAACUUAUUUAAUUGGUUAUGGUCUAUUUGGAAAAACAUUGCUUUGAAAGUGAGAAAGUGCCAUUGGUUGUUUAAGUCCAGCACAGAUAGCUCAUUUUCACUAUUUAAGGCCAUUAGUUCAAGCAAUAUUUCACCCAACGGCUGAGUAAGAUGCUAUCCUGGUCUUGAGUGACCAGGUGAGCUUCUUGUUGGCGAUGCAAUAAGAAUCUUACCUGGUCUUGAGUGACCAGCUUCUUGCUGAGGACGAAAUAAGGCUUUAAAUAAAUAUGACAUGAGCAGAGAGACCAUCCCAAGGUACCAUUCAGUCGUAUGUAAAAGAGAUUAUUUGUACAUAUUCAACUUCCAUCUUAUAGCUGCACAUCAGGACAUUCGAUGCUUUUAAGUGAAAGCAUAAACUGUAUCAGUUUUUGUGUUCAACAUAAAUUAAGGUUGGGGGGGGGGGGGGGGUCAAUUUUUUUAAGGUGGGAAUUUUUUUUUUGUGUUUAAAAAAAAUUAGGGUUGGGGGGGGGGGGGUUCAAUCUUUUUAAAGUGGGAAUUUUUGCUCAAUUUAGCAAAGGAUGUGAAAUUAAAUUUACAGUUAAAACUUUACCUUACUGGUCUACAAGAUGAAACAUCAAUAAAUAUGUUGAUAACUUCAUUAAUAUCAAUUCUUGACCUUAUCACUUUCUAUUGACAAAGUCACAAGACCAGAAAGCUGGAAUGUUCCAUGGUAGAUCUGAAAUUGCUAUUUAUUAGUUUCGGUUUUGAAUAGCUCCUUUGAAUUUCAAUUUUUCAAGUAUUGAAAAAACAAAAAGCGUUUGCUUCAUCGAGAUAAAUAUCUGCUGCAUUCCGGUGCCUGAUCAGCCUUGGUAUUUUAAUGAAAAGUUAACUUUCAGAAAACUCUGGACACCAGUAAGUCUUCUUUGGUCGCCAAUAUUAGACUCUUAGCUUGAACAGCCUCAAACAUAUACACUACCUCCAUGACGGCUUUUGAUCUGUCUAUUGAUUGCUCCCCUGCGGAUUUCUUCACCCUCACUCCCCAUCAAAUGCCUCCAAAUCAGCUUGCUCCAGUGAUGGAAUCCUGCUCAGUUGGCAGCCUGUUCUGUUGGCACCCUACUCUGGGGACACCCUGUUUUAGAGUGUCCCCAUAUCCGGUGGCAACUUGUGAUUAUUUCUGACCAACAGAUAGUCUUGGAGAUUUAUUUCAAGCUUAUUUCUCCCCAUUAAAAACAACUAAGUCUGCUCACUGAAAGCCUGGAAGCUUGAGCGUGGUAAAGCCCAGACCCUCUUGCAGGAAAUAAACGACAGUAGAGGUCAAUAAGCUGAUCUCAAGAGUUUUAUACCAUGUGAAGACUGUACCAGAGUUUUUUUUACAUUUUAGUUCAGAAACUGUCUUCAAAUAUUUUAAACAAAAUAGCAGAAUGGUGCAGUCUUUCCAUGGUAAAUAUUUGUUUUUCUUGCAACAUCGGCAGCAGGGUCUGGGCCUUUAGAUUCCACUCUUAAGCCUCGGGUGGAUGUCUCAGUGUUGCUGAGCUAAGAUUUUGGCAUUGGAUGGAUGCCUGGGAUGGUCUCCCUUCAUAAUGCAACUGAUUGGAGAAGAACUAUGGAAGUCUCAUUCAAUCAUGUGGUAAGCAAAUUUGAUCAAAUGCUAGGUUAAGAAUUUUGCCAUUUCAAUACAUCAACUGUUAAUUUUGUGCAAAUAAAGUCUAGGUACUUCAUGCAAUAAAUUUAAAAAAAAUAAAUUUCAAGUUAAUUGUACAGUGUGUGAAAAUCAUGAUCAGCAAUAAAUAAUGUCGAAUAAUGAUAAAACAGUCCAACUGACUUAUAAUAUAAUACAUGGAUAUUUUCUCCAAUAUAAUUAGAAUUUCUAGUUUGCAAAUAUUUUUAAAAUGAAUAUAUCUGAAAAUUAAAAUCUAUUAUUGCAUGACCACUUUUAGGAGCUUUGCAGCUGAAAUGUCAUUUCACGUCAAGCAAAUUGGCCACGGUAAGUAGGAAAUACAGGUAACUGAAGACAGUUUUUAGUAUGAAAUUUUCAUUGCUGGUGAAUGUGUAAGCAUGCAAGUUUCCUCAUUUUAAAACAUUGUUCUCAUUAUGCUCAUCAUAACUUUUCUGUGAAUCAUAAUUUUAGACAUAAAAUUGACAAUUCAUCACAAGAAUCCACAGGAACUGAUCAGAUGUGUUCCUGUGAAGUGGUGUCAGAUGUGUUCCUGUGAAGUGGUGUCAGAUGUGUUCCUGUGAAGUGGUGUCAGAUGUGUUCCUGUGAAGUGGUGUCAGAUGUGUUCCUGUGAAGUGGUGUCAGUUGUGUUCCUGUGAAGUGGUGUCAGCUGUGUUCCUGUGAAGUGGUGUCAGAUGUGUUCCUGUGAAGUGGUGUCAGUUGUGUUCCUGUGAAGUGGUGUCAUAUGUGUUCCUGUGAAGUGGUGUCAGAAAUGUGUUCCUGUGAAGUGGUGUCAGAAAUGUGAUUUUUGUUAAAUCCUUUAUCAGCUUUCUAUCAACUUUGUUUUUUUUAUAAAGUAACCUUAUGCAUAUGAACUAACAAUCAAAAUUUUACAACAUGUCUUUCUAUUGACCAGUGCUACAUGCCAGAGAGACCGGCUCCAACAAGCAAGUGGCAUCUAAAUCAUGUGCUCUGUCACUGGUCAGACAGUUGUAUCACAUGAAGGUCAUUGAGGCUAACACCGGGGAGAAAAAGAAGAAGGGCUCUGAUAAGGUACUGAGAUAAACAAGUGACUUGAGAGAAAUUAGCCAUCAAACUUUGGCGCAGUUGUAACUUUGUUUUGGUAAUCGCAAAUGCUAUGAUUCCCGUUUACUUAUAAACACAAUAGCACUUUAGACAGAUGACCUUGUGAGGAGGCAUACUUGCCAAAACACAGGUGUAAGUGCAAGGUGUCUUAACAAGACUUGAUUAUGUCCAGUACAGACACAGGUGUGAGUGCCAGGCGUCUUAACGAAGACUUGAUUAUGCCCAGUACAGACACAGGUGUAAGUGCAAGGCGUCUUAACGAAGCCUUGAUUAUGCCCAGUACACACACAGUGAAAAGUGGAAACUAGAAGUAAACAACACCAAGACAGUACAUUCAGUCUUCACUUAAAGCCACUAGGUAGCCAAACAGAACAUUACACUAUCCCUACAAGGUAGCCGAACAGAACAUUACACUAUCCCUACAGGGUAGCCAAACAGAACAUUACACUAUCCCUACAAGGUAGCCAAACAGAACAUUACACUAUCCCUACGAGGUAGCCAAACAGAACAUUACACUAUCCCUACAGGGUAGUUAAACAGAACAUUACACUAUCCCUACAGUGUAGCCAAAGAGAACCUUUCACUAUCCCUACAAGGUAGCCGAACAGAACAUUACACUAUCCCUACAGGGUAGCCAAACAGAACAUUACACUAUCCCUACAAGGUAGCCAAACAGAACAUUACACUAUCCCUACGAGGUAGCCAAACAGAACAUUACACUAUCCCUACAGGGUAGUUAAACAGAACAUUACACUAUCCCUACAGUGUAGCCAAAGAGAACCUUUCACUAUCCCUACAGGGUAGCCAAACAGAACCAUUCACUAUCCCUACUGGGUAGCCAAACAGAACAUUACACUAUCCCUACAAGGUAGCCAAACAGAACAUUACACUAUCCCUACAGGGUAGCCAAACAGAACCAUUCACUAUCCCUACUGGGUAGCCAAACAGAACAUUACACUAUCCCUACUGGGUAGCCAAACAGAACAUUACACUAUCCCUACAAGGUAGCCAAACAGAACAUUACACUAUCCCUAGCAGCAUUACUUUAGAAUUCUUUAGCUUUUGAAUAAAUAUUCUAAAUUUUUCUGCCCCUGGUGUACAUCAUUUUCACUUGAGACUUUAUUGUGUACAUCUUGCAGUGCUAUUUUUUAAAAAUAGAAACAAUAUCACAGUAAUUAACUACCGUAGAUACUCGCAUAUAAGCCGAAUUUAGAACUAUAAAAUACAAUACUGAAAUAUGAGCAUAAAACAAAAUGGACACAAGGACAGACACUAAGGCCAAUUUUCCAGCCACACAUUUUCAUCACUAUCUGACUCUUUAUUUGGUUGUGUGUACAGAAUACUAAUAUAUAUAUAUAUAUAUAUAUAUAUAUAUAUAUAUAUAUAUAUAUAUAUAUAUAUAUAUAUAUAUAUAUAUAUAUCUACAGAGGUGUCGCUUCAAAGAAUUUAAUGUAUGCAUAGCUGAUCAUUAUACUGGGUAUGAAUAUUACCAAGGAGAAUUCAUUUUCCAAGUCAAAAAUGGCAUUAAAUGAAGAAAAAGUACUAAAAAAACAGAUAAUGUUUCCUAUAUCUAUGGUUUCCUAACUAAUACUCUAUGCGCACAUUUCUAUAAACCAAAAAUAUGGAGUAAAAUUAGACAAUUGUGUGGUCUGCUUAUAUGCGGGUUUUUGCAAAAACUGGCCAUUUUAAAGCAGUUUUAAAGCGUCUGCUUGUAGGCGAGUAUAAAUGGUAAUAUAUAAGUAUAUUAAAAUCGAAUUUGUAGCAUACACAAGAAUCUAAACCAUCUACAUUUUCAGUAGUCUAUACGCUACAUUAGUGGAUAUGCUCUUUGCCUUUGUUUUUUAAUUUUUCAGUUUAAUCACAUCUAUGAUUUAUCAUCCGCGUCCCCCCCCACCCCCACCCACCCUGUCACGGCAAUCUUCUUUUUUUUUAUAAUCUUUCAGCUGCCACCCUAUGAAAUGUCCGUCAGUGAAGAUCUGGAACAGAAAAUUGACCAAUGCCUCAAGCAGUGGGGGGUUGAACCUGUCUCAAACUUUGAAACACUGGUAAUAUGGGAGGACUGGGGCUAGUUUUAAACAUUUCUACGAGUCAGGGGGAUGCCUCACAUAAUGUAAGACUUCGGUAUAUGACCAUAUGUUUAUGGGGUAAUGAAUAUGUACAUUUUCUUCAACUCUCUUUGUCUUUUGUGUGUGGCUGUUUACAUGGUCUGAUGCCAGUGGUCAAGAUAUUUAUAGUGUUGUCACUUGUCACAUUGUUGUCACUUGUCACAUUGUUGUCACUUGUCACAUUGUUGUCACUUGUCACAUUGUUGUCACAUUGUUGUCACAUGUGACAUUGUUGUCACUUGUCACAUUGUUGUCACUUGUCACAUUGUUGUCACUUGUCACAUUGUUGUCACUUGUCACAUUGUUGUCACUUGUCACAUUGCUGUCACUUGUCACAUCAUUGUCACUUUUUACAUUGUUGUCACUUGUCACAUUGUUGUCACUUGUCACAUUGUUGUCACUGUUCACAUUGUUGUCACUUGUCACAUUGUUGUCACAUUGUUGUCACAUGUGACAUUUUUGUCACUUGUCACAUUGUUGUCACUUGUCACAUUGUUGUCACUUGUCACAUUGUUGUCACUUGUCACAUUGUUAUCACUUGACACAUUGUUAUCACUUGCCACAUUGUUAUCAUUUUUCUUAUUCCAAAUGUUCUACAGGAAAAUAAAUAUUCUCAAGUGCUGCCACCCCCCAAGGAAGAGGGUGAGGGGGUUGGUCCCCCUGUCGUCUCACUGAUCAACCAGCCCUCCCUUGAGGAGUUUGAUCCUGCGCCUCCUAAGAGAACCCCUGGAGUUGUUUCAUGGUCCCCGCCUAUACCAAAUUGGAAUCCCUGGAUCAACUGUAACAUUGACGAAGGCCCCCUUGCAACAGUAAGCAGCACAUACACUUGAUCAUUGAUUUGAUCUGCAGCACAUACACUUGAUCAUUGAUUUGAUCUGCAGCACAUACAAUUGAUCAUUGAUUUGAUCUGCAGCACAUACACUUGAUCAUUGAUUUGAUCUGCAACACAUACACUUGAUCAUUGAUUUGAUCUGCAGCACAUACACUUGAUCAUUGAUUUGAUCUGCAGCACAUACAAUUGAUCAUUGAUUUGAUCGGGUUACUCAGCUUUUGGUUUUGUUGAUUGGUUUUGAUUUUCUAUUUUUUUAAACUUUUGGUUUUAAUUAUUCAACGAUAACUUAAUUUCAUUGUAUGUGUAAGUAGGCUUUUAUUACCAGACUGCAUGUGUAAUUAGGUCAUUAGGCUUAAAUUGCACCACUGCAUGUGUAAUUAUGUUAUUAGCCUAUGGUAAAAAUAAUCUUAUGCUUGGCCCAAUCAUUAAAUAGAGAUCCUAGCCAGGAAUCCAUUAUAUCAUCCAGCACUACCCUUUUCUCAAUGACACUCUGUCCCAAACUGCAGACACUCUGUCCCCAACCUGCAGAAACUGUUGUCCAACCUGCAGACACUCUCUAUCCCAUCCUACAGAACUCUGUCCCUAACCUUCAGACACUGUUGUCCAACCUGCAGACACUGUUGUCCAACCUGCAGACACUCUAUCCGAACCCACAGAACUCUGUUCCUAACCUGCAGACACUGUUGUCCCACCUGCAGACACUCUCUAUCCCAACCCACAGACACAUUGUCCCCAACCCACAGACACUCUGUCCCAACCCGCAGACACUCUGUCCCCAACCUGCAGAUACUGUUGUCCCACCUGCAGACACUCUCUAUCCCAACCCACAGACACGUUGUCCCCAACCCCCCGACACUCUGUCCCUAACCUGCAGAUACUGUUGUCCCACCUGCAGACACUCUCUAUCCCAACCCACAGACACGUUGUCCCCAACCCACAGACACUCUGUCCCCAACCCACAGACAACAUUCGUUGUUGCAGUUUGGUUUAUUUGUACAUUUUUAAAAAAAAACAACAACCAUUUUUUAAAAAGCCUUCAUGUUGAAGAUAUGAUCAACUUGAGAUAGGAAUUGAAUACAGCUAUUUAAGAUAACCAUGGGACUUAAAUAGAAAUGGAAUUGUUUUAGUUAAUAUAAGCUGAUAGCUGCACAUAUAGUAUAAGAUGAACUGAUAGCUGUACAUGUAGUUUAAUAUUAACUGAUAGCUGUACAUGCAGUUUAAUAUUAACUGAUAGCUGUACAUGUACCGGUAGUUUAAUAUUAACUGAUAGCUGUACAUGUAGUUUAAUAUUAACUGAUAGCUGUACAUGUAGUUUAAUAUUAACUGAUAGCUGUACAUACAGUUUAAUAUUAACUGAUAGCUGUACAUGUACCGGUAGUUUAAUAUUAACUGAUAGCUGUACAUGUAGUUUAAUAUUAACUGAUAGUGUAGUUUAAUAUUAACUGAUAGCCCUACUUUUUUUUUUUUUUAUUUUGUUUUUUUUUUUUUUUUUUUUUUUUUUUUUUGUUUCCUCUGACUUUCCCCAUAAAUAUUGAGCCAUUUAAAAAAUUUAUUUAAGCUUUUUACUUAAAGUGUCUUAUGAAGAUAGAUAAGAUUUUUGAUCCAAAUAAAUGGUAAUGUUUUUUUAUUACAUUGUAAAUAUUCAUUUUCAGCACAUCCAUAUUUUUAACUUCGACAUUUUAUAAUGUUAACAAAUUAAACACAAGACAUCUAAAGUAUUUCUCAAGCACAGAUAUUAGCCAUAAAUGAAUGCCUUGUACAAAAAAGGUCUACUGUCUAGCUCAUAUAGUAAAAAGCUUAUAUAGUAAGCUAUAUAUAUAUACAUAGAGUAAUUAUUUUAAAUAACAUGCUUUGUUAGAUCAUAAAAUAAAGUCAUUAAUUCAUUAAUGCUGACUUAUGAUGACUACUGGUUCUAAAGUCAAACUGUUUACUAUAACAAUCAUGUCCAGUUUGUGUUUUUUACUUCAUUUAACAAUUAUUAUUUAUAUUACAGUCAUCUCUUAGUAAUAUCAGUGCAGAUUUGAAAAUUGAUUUGGAAAGACGAUAUGAAGAGGAUGCUAACUUGAUGAUGGUGAGAUAUUGAUUCAUUUGAAAUGAGAAGUUGUAUCAGUUGAAUUGUUAGUAAGAAGUGAAUGAUACAGGUCAAGUGUUGAAAAAGAAGAGAAUGAUACAGGUGAGGUGUUGAAAAAGAAAAAAAUGCUACAGGUGAAGAGUUGACAAAGAAGAGACUGACACAGGUGAAGAGUUGACAAAGAAGAGACUGGCACAGGUGAAGAGUUGACAAAGAAGAGACUGACACAAGUGAAGAGUUGACAAAGAAGAGACUGACACAGGUGAAGUGUUAAAAUAAAGUCAAUGGUACAGGUAAAGUGUUAAUAUGAAGAAAACGAUACAGGUGAAGUGUUAAAAUUUAAAACUUAAGGAUUUAGAAGGAGUAGCUCGUAAACUUGAUAAUUUCUUGUUUCUCCAGAUGAUUGAUCAACGUGCUAAACUUCCGACGCAUGCUUCAUGUGAGUCCAUAAUCUACCAGAUCAGCAGCAACCCUGUGACCUUGAUCAGAGGAGAGACUGGUUGUGGUAAAACAACCCAGGUUGGUUACUUUGUGGUCAAACAUUUACAUGUGGAUGUAUCCGUGGAUUUUACCUGUAAAUGUAUCAGUGGAUUUUUACCUGUGGAUGUACCAGUGCUUUAUACUGGAUGUAUGAUUGGUUUUUCCCUGUGGAUGUAUCAAUGGUUUGUACAUGUGGAUGUGUCAGUAGUUUGUACCCAUGGAUGUGUCAAUGUUUUGUACUUAUGGAUAUUUCAAUGGUUUGUACCCAUGGAUGUGUCAGUAGUUUGUACCCAUGGAUGUGUCAAUGUUUUGUACUUAUGGAUAUUUCAAUGGUUUGUGCCUGUGGAUGUAUCAGUAGUUUGUACCCAUGGAUGUGUCAGUAGUUUGUACCCGUGGAUGUGUCAAUGUUUUGUACUUAUGGAUAUUUCAAUGGUUUGUGCCUGUGGAUGUAUCAGUAGUUUGUACACAUGGAUGUGUCAAUGUUUUGUACUUAUGGAUAUUUCAAUGGUUUGUGCCUGUGGAUGUAUCAGUAGUUUGUACACAUGGAUGUGUCAAUGUUUUGUACUUAUGGAUAUUUCAAUGGUUUGUGCCUGUGGAUGUAUCAGUAGUUUGUACACAUGGAUGUGUCAAUGUUUUGUACUUAUGGAUAUUUCAAUGGUUUGUGCCUGUGGAUGUAUCAGUAGUUUGUACACAUGGAUGUGUCAAUGUUUUGUACUUAUGGAUAUUUCAAUGGUUUGUGCCUGUGGAUGUAUCAGUAGUUUGUACACAUGGAUGUGUCAAUGUUUUGUACUUAUGGAUAUUUCAAUGGUUUGUGCCUGUGGAUGUGUCAGUAGUUUGUACCCAUGGAUGUGUCAAUGUUUUGUACUUAUGGAUAUUUCAAUGGUUUGUGCCUGUGGAUGUAUCAGUAGUUUGUACACAUGGAUGUGUCAGUAGUUUGUACCCAUGGAUGUGUCAAUGUUUUGUACUUAUGGAUAUUUCAAUGGUUUGUGCCUGUGGAUGUAUCAGUAGUUUGUACCCAUGGAUGUGUCAAUGUUUUGUACUUAUGGAUAUUUCAAUGGUUUGUGCCUGUGGAUGUAUCAGUAGUUUGUACCCAUGGAUGUGUCAAUGUUUUGUACUUAUGGAUAUUUCAAUGGUUUGUGCCUGUGGAUGUAUCAGUAGUUUGUACCCAUGGAUGUGUCAAUGUUUUGUACUUAUGGAUAUUUCAAUGGUUUGUGCCUGUGGAUGUAUCAGUAGUUUGUACCCAUGGAUGUGUCAAUGUUUUGUACUUAUGGAUAUUUCAAUGGUUUGUGCCUGUGGAUGUAUCAGUAGUUUGUACCCAUGGAUGUGUCAAUGUUUUGUACUUAUGGAUAUUUCAAUGGUUUGUGCCUGUGGAUGUAUCAGUAGUUUGUACCCAUGGAUGUGUCAAUGUUUUGUACUUAUGGAUAUUUCAAUGGUUUGUGCCUGUGGAUGUAUCAGUAGUUUGUACCCAUGGAUGUGUCAAUGUUUUGUACUUAUGGAUAUUUCAAUGGUUUGUGCCUGUGGAUGUAUCAGUAGUUUGUACCCAUGGAUGUGUCAAUGUUUUGUACUUAUGGAUAUUUCAAUGGUUUGUGCCUGUGGAUGUAUCAGUAGUUUGUACCCAUGGAUGUGUCAAUGUUUUGUACUUAUGGAUAUUUCAAUGGUUUGUGCCUGUGGAUGUAUCAGUAGUUUGUACCCAUGGAUGUGUCAAUGUUUUGUACUUAUGGAUAUUUCAAUGGUUUGUGCCUGUGGAUGUAUCAGUAGUUUGUACCCAUGGAUGUGUCAAUGUUUUGUACUUAUGGAUAUUUCAAUGGUUUGUGCCUGUGGAUGUAUCAGUAGUUUGUACCCAUGGAUGUGUCAAUGUUUUGUACUUAUGGAUAUUUCAAUGGUUUGUGCCUGUGGAUGUAUCAGUAGUUUGUACCCAUGGAUGUGUCAAUGUUUUGUACUUAUGGAUAUUUCAAUGGUUUGUGCCUGUGGAUGUAUCAGUAGUUUGUACCCAUGGAUGUGUCAAUGUUUUGUACUUAUGGAUAUUUCAAUGGUUUGUGCCUGUGGAUGUAUCAGUAGUUUGUACCCAUGGAUGUGUCAAUGUUUUGUACUUAUGGAUAUUUCAAUGGUUUGUGCCUGUGGAUGUAUCAGUAGUUUGUACCCAUGGAUGUGUCAAUGUUUUGUACUUAUGGAUAUUUCAAUGGUUUGUGCCUGUGGAUGUAUCAGUAGUUUGUACCCAUGGAUGUGUCAAUGUUUUGUACUUAUGGAUAUUUCAAUGGUUUGUGCCUGUGGAUGUAUCAGUAGUUUGUACACAUGGAUGUAUCAGUAGUUUGUACCCAUGGAUGUGUCAGUAGUUUGUACCCAUGGAUGUGUCAAUGUUUUGUACUUAUGGAUAUUUCAAUGGUUUGUGCCUGUGGAUGUAUCAGAAGUUUGUACCCAUGGAUGUGUCAGUAGUUUGUACCCGUGGAUGUAUCAGUAGUUUGUACCCAUGGAUGUGUCAAUGUUUUGUACUUAUGGAUAUUUCAAUGGUUUGUGCCUGUGGAUGUAUCAGUAGUUUGUACCCAUGGAUGUGUCAGUAGUUUGUACCCGUGGAUGUGUCAAUGUUUUGUACUUAUGGAUAUUUCAUUGGUUUGUGCCUGUGGAUGUAUCAGUAGUUUGUACACAUGGAUGUGUCAGUAGUUUGUACCCGUGGAUGUGUCAAUGUUUUGUACUUAUGGAUAUUUCAAUGGUUUGUGCCUGUGGAUGUAUCAGAAGUUUGUACACAUGGAUGUGUCAGUAGUUUGUACACAUGGAUGUGUCAAUGUUUUGUACUUAUGGAUAUUUCAAUGGUUUGUGCCUGUGGAUGUAUCAGUAGUUUGUACACAUGGAUGUGUCAAUGUUUUGUACUUAUGGAUAUUUCAAUGGUUUGUGCCUGUGGAUGUAUCAGUAGUUUGUACCCAUGGAUGUGUCAAUGUUUUGUACUUAUGGAUAUUUCAAUGGUUUGUGCCUGUGGAUGUAUCAGUAGUUUGUACCCAUGGAUGUGUCAAUGUUUUGUACUUAUGGAUAUUUCAAUGGUUUGUGCCUGUGGAUGUAUCAGUAGUUUGUACCCAUGGAUGUGUCAAUGUUUUGUACUUAUGGAUAUUUCAAUGGUUUGUGCCUGUGGAUGUAUCAGUAGUUUGUACCCAUGGAUGUGUCAAUGUUUUGUACUUAUGGAUAUUUCAAUGGUUUGUGCCUGUGGAUGUAUCAGUAGUUUGUACCCAUGGAUGUGUCAAUGUUUUGUACUUAUGGAUAUUUCAAUGGUUUGUGCCUGUGGAUGUAUCAGUAGUUUGUACCCAUGGAUGUGUCAAUGUUUUGUACUUAUGGAUAUUUCAAUGGUUUGUGCCUGUGGAUGUAUCAGUAGUUUGUACCCAUGGAUGUGUCAAUGUUUUGUACUUAUGGAUAUUUCAAUGGUUUGUGCCUGUGGAUGUAUCAGUAGUUUGUACCCAUGGAUGUGUCAAUGUUUUGUACUUAUGGAUAUUUCAAUGGUUUGUGCCUGUGGAUGUAUCAGUAGUUUGUACCCAUGGAUGUGUCAAUGUUUUGUACUUAUGGAUAUUUCAAUGGUUUGUGCCUGUGGAUGUAUCAGUAGUUUGUACCCAUGGAUGUGUCAAUGUUUUGUACUUAUGGAUAUUUCAAUGGUUUGUGCCUGUGGAUGUAUCAGUAGUUUGUACCCAUGGAUGUGUCAAUGUUUUGUACUUAUGGAUAUUUCAAUGGUUUGUGCCUGUGGAUGUAUCAGUAGUUUGUACCCAUGGAUGUGUCAAUGUUUUGUACUUAUGGAUAUUUCAAUGGUUUGUGCCUGUGGAUGUAUCAGUAGUUUGUACCCAUGGAUGUGUCAAUGUUUUGUACUUAUGGAUAUUUCAAUGGUUUGUGCCUGUGGAUGUAUCAGUAGUUUGUACCCAUGGAUGUGUCAAUGUUUUGUACUUAUGGAUAUUUCAAUGGUUUGUGCCUGUGGAUGUAUCAGUAGUUUGUACCCAUGGAUGUGUCAAUGUUUUGUACUUAUGGAUAUUUCAAUGGUUUGUGCCUGUGGAUGUAUCAGUAGUUUGUACCCAUGGAUGUGUCAAUGUUUUGUACUUAUGGAUAUUUCAAUGGUUUGUGCCUGUGGAUGUAUCAGUAGUUUGUACACAUGGAUGUGUCAAUGUUUUGUACUUAUGGAUAUUUCAAUGGUUUGUGCCUGUGGAUGUAUCAGUAGUUUGUACCUGUGGAUGUGUCAGUAGUUUGUACCCAUGGAUGUGUCAAUGUUUUGUACUUAUGGAUAUUUCAAUGGUUUGUGCCUGUGGAUGUAUCAGUAGUUUGUACACAUGGAUGUGUCAGUAGUUUGUACCCAUGGAUGUGUCAAUGUUUUGUACUUAUGGAUAUUUCAAUGGUUUGUGCCUGUGGAUGUAUCAGUAGUUUGUACCUGUGGAUGUGUCAGUAGUUUGUACCCAUGGAUGUGUCAGUAGUUUGUACCCAUGGAUGGGUCAGUAGUUUGUACCCAUGGAUGUGUCAGUAGUUUGUACCCGUGGAUGUAUCAGUAGUUUGUACCCAUGGAUGUGUCAAUGUUUUGUACUUAUGGAUAUUUCAAUGGUUUGUGCCUGUGGAUGUAUCAGUAGUCAGUAGUUUGUACCCGUGGAUGUGUCAAUGUUUUGUACUUAUGGAUAUUUCAAUGGUUUGUGCCUGUGGAUGUAUCAGUAGUUUGUACCCAUGGAUGUGUCAGUAGUUUGUACCCGUGGAUGUGUCAGUAGUUUGUACCCAUGGAUGUGUCAAUGUUUUGUACUUAUGGAUAUUUCAAUGGUUUGUGCCUGUGGAUGUAUCAGUAGUUUGUACCCAUGGAUGUAUCAGUAGUUUGUACCCGUGGAUGUGUCAAUGUUUUGUACUUAUGGAUAUUUCAAUGGUUUGUGCCUGUGGAUGUAUCAGUAGUUUGUACCCAUGGAUGUGUCAGUAGUUUGUACCCGUGGAUGUGUCAAUGUUUUGUACUUAUGGAUAUUUCAAUGGUUUGUGCCUGUGGAUGUAUCAGUAGUUUGUACCCAUGGAUGUGUCAAUGUUUUGUACUUAUGGAUAUUUCAAUGGUUUGUGCCUGUGGAUGUAUCAGUAGUUUGUACACAUGGAUGUAUCAGUAGUUUGUACCCAUGGAUGUGUCAGUAGUUUGUACCCAUGGAUGUGUCAAUGUUUUGUACUUAUGGAUAUUUCAAUGGUUUGUGCCUGUGGAUGUAUCAGUAGUUUGUACCCAUGGAUGUGUCAGUAGUUUGUACCCAUGGAUGUGUCAAUGUUUUGUACUUAUGGAUAUUUCAAUGGUUUGUGCCUGUGGAUGUGUCAGUAGUUUGUACCCAUGGAUGUGUCAGUAGUUUGUACCCAUGGAUGUGUCAAUGUUUUGUACUUAUGGAUAUUUCAAUGGUUUGUGCCUGUGGAUGUAUCAGUAGUUUGUACCCAUGGAUGUGUCAGUAGUUUGUACCCAUGGAUGUGUCAAUGUUUUGUACUUAUGGAUAUUUCAAUGGUUUGUGCCUGUGGAUGUAUCAGUAGUUUGUACCCAUGGAUGUGUCAGUAGUUUGUACCCGUGGAUGUGUCAAUGUUUUGUACUUAUGGAUAUUUCAAUGGUUUGUGCCUGUGGAUGUGUCAGUAGUUUGUACCCAUGGAUGUGUCAGUGUUUUGUACUUAUGGAUAUUUCAAUGGUUUGUGCCUGUGGAUGUAUCAGUAGUUUGUACACAUGGAUGUAUCAGUAGUUUGUACCCAUGGAUGUGUCAGUAGUUUGUACCCAUGGAUGUGUCAGAAGUUUGUACACAUGGAUGUGUCAGUGUUUUGUACUUAUGGAUAUUUCAAUGGUUUGUGCCUGUGGAUGUAUCAGAAGUUUGUACACAUGGAUGUAUCAGUAGUUUGUACCUGUGGAUUUAUCUGGUUUGUACCUGUGCAGAAAUCAAUGAUUAAACAAAAAAAUGCUCAAUCCUAUUUGUUUUUCCAUCAUAGGUUCCACAGUUUAUAUUGGAUCACAUGAUCAGUUCUGGACAAGGUGCUAAUUGUGGUAUAAUCAUCACUCAGGUGAGCCAUGAAAGGUGCCCAGUGCAUAAUAGGAGUAGUUUGAAUUCAAUGUUGAGUUGUGAAAUCAUCCUUAAGAGAGUCUUCUUGCUUUAAAUGCUAAGAAUAUCAUCUCUACUUUUAAUGUUCAAGUGUGAAUUACUUAUAUUCAUUGUAAGACUUAUGAUGCUUGUUCCCUAUGAAUGGGGCAUCUUUACAAAUUUAUGAUUUUCUGCACAAGAUGAUAAUAAAACUAUAAUGUAAUUGGCAAAUCUGAAAAUUAGUUACUUAAUUUUGAAUUUUUUAAAUUGUCUGGGGCAUUGUCUUUCAAAUCGUUAUCUGGGACAUUGUCUUUCAAAUCGUUAUCUGGGGCAUUGUCUUUCAAAUUGUUAUCUGGUGCAACAUCUAUCAUUAACUGGGGCAUCAUCUUUAAAAUCGCUAUCUGGGGCAGCGUCUUUUCAAAUCGUAAUAAUUUUUGUGGGUCUUGUUUUUAGCCUCGUCGCAUCAGUGCCGUGUCCAUAGCGGAGCGAGUUGCAGCAGAGAGGUCUGAGAUGCUGGGAAUGUCUGUUGGUUACAGUGUAAGAUUUGAGUCAGUCAUGCCCCGGCCUUAUGGCAGUAUCUUGUACUGCACUGUGGGUAAGUCAACUAAAAGUCAUUAAAAGUUUAUUUUUUUAACCCACUUAUUUUAUUUACGUGGUGUGAGAAAUUUGUGGGUCAUUUCGAUUAGUUCUGUAUGCUGUCUCUACCCAACAUAUCCUGUCACAUUUCAGCAUGGGUGCCACUUUUCCUGAUUAUCACGGAAUUCCAGACUCGUGAGCCUAAAUAUUUUUCAGCUCCGGAUUCAUACGUUUUUAUUUUCUCUCGCUCCGGAUUCGCCAGUUCAGUUUAUUCAAAUACGGAUUCUGGUGACCUCAGGUGCAUUAUAUAGAUUUUUUGUGUUUGCUUGUCACUACCCAACAUUUCACUAUUGUCACUACCGCAAAUACAAAUAGUGGUAACUUAAAAACAUUUUUUUUUGUUUUGUUGUUGCUAAUUUUAGCGUAUGGUUUUUCAUUUGUACUUUUGCUGUAAAAUUAAAUUUUAGUGGUAAGGGAAGAUGACAGAAGCCAUUAAAUUUAUGAGAAAAAGAUGUUUGCUUAGAUUGGCUGAAUUUUUUUUUUUAUUUAUGUAAAAAAUAUUAACUAUGGACACCAGUCAGUAAAAAGUGGUAUGUGGGAAAAAAAAAAUUAAGAGAUUCUAGAAAUUAACCGUACAAAAUUUUAGUUAGGGGUUACUUACGAUUUGUUAUGAUAGGAAACAUUUAAAAAAAAAAAAUCCUGGUUUGCUGACAUUCUCUACCAUCAGAUGAAAUCAUCAAGUAAUUAUCUGCCCACUGGUGUCUCAUGAAAUCAUCAACUAUUUAUCUGCCCACUCGUGUCUCAUCCAUCUCCAAAGUUGCCGACUACUUAACUAAUAAAAACAUGCCAUUUAAUUUUUAUUUUUUCAACUUAAUAAUUCCAGCACCUGUUCCAAAAACAGUUCCACUGUGACUCUAUAUAUAUACACAUUGUAUUUCCAAUGGAAAUCACUCAUUUCCCUUUGUUGAUAUCAUACCAAGCUUUUUCUCAAUACAUAAAAACGGCCAUUUCAUUAAUAAAUAAAUCUCAUGUUUUAACAAAAAAAAAAUCAUGCUAAUGUUCUUGCACUUUAGGAACUCUCCUGAGACGUCUGGAGGGUGGCCUGCGAGGCAUUUCCCAUGUUAUCGUUGAUGAAAUCCAUGAAAGGGAUAUCAAUGUGAGUUGAUUCGUCUUCUUUGCAUGAUAGUCUAGCUCUGAAUAACCCUGGCCAAUAAUUAUGUCAUUCAGCUUUAAAAGAGUACUUUUCAACAAAUUAAUAAAUUUUUUUUACAUUUAAGAAAUGUAUAAUACGAAAAAAGACUUAGUUUGCACGCACAAAGGAGUUUCUAUAAGUCAGAAUAAGACCUGGGGAUUGAUGGUUAAGUGUGUCUUUGUAUUUAAUUGAAGACUUUUAUGUAGUGUUUAUUCACAAGAGAAUUAAAUGCUGCACACAUUUUUAAUGGGCUAAGUAAACAAUAAUGCUUUAUUACACUUUAUUACAUGCAGACAUCCAUGUUCAGCUCACAAGGAAAAACCUAAAGGAUGCUAAUUUAGUGCAGCUAGUACUACAAUCACCCCAAUCACUUUAUUUUUUCCCCGCCAUCUGCUACUGUUGACUUUGGUUUUCUGCACAUUGCAGACGGACUUCUUGUUGGUGCUGCUCAGAGACAUGGUGCACACGUACAAAGAUCUGAGAGUGAUUCUUAUGUCAGCCACUGUUGAUACGACCCUCUUCACCGAGUACUUUGGAGAAGUCUCUAUUGUCGAGGUGUAUGGUAGAACUUUCCCUGUGCAAGGUAUUCACCAUAGGCUUCUGUGCUAGCUAUUCUAAUGCAGUCUCUAUAGUUAAUUUUUGUGGUCAAACCUGCCACAAACUAUGGUACAAGGCAUGCAUAUGUUAUUUUACCCAGGGCUAUCUCCAAUAUUGUUGGUCAAGUCUGUGCCUCAGUUGUGCCUUUUUAAAAUUAUAAUUAAUACAUCUUUCUGGACAAAGGAAUCACACCACAGCAAACAUUAUCUUGAUCGGUACUGAUCGGGUUUAUAGAAUAGAUGCAAUUCUCUGUGUGAUAACCCAAAACACAAUUUCCAGUUCAAUGAAUAUCCUAAUAGCUAAAGGUCUUUAUAUUUAGAGUUUCUACUGUGGCGUGAUUGUUGUCAUUAGUAAAGUACCGUAUUAAUGGGCGUAUAACACGCCCCCGCGUAUAACACGCACCUCAAUUUAAGAAGGAAAUUUCUAGAAAAAAACCUAAACAUUAUAUCAGCGUAUAACACGCACACAUCAUUUGCCCCCUAUUUUCAGGGAGAAAAAGUGUGUGUUAUACGUCAAUAAAUACGGUAAUUAUACUGUUGUGGGAUGAAUGAAAGGGUGUUUUAAGUCAUGACGCUAUUAUAUGAUGAGUGAAGGGAUGUUUUAAGUCAUGAUGUUAUUAUGUGAUGAGUGAAGGGAUGUUUUAAGUCAUGAUGUUAUUAUGUGAUGAGUGAAGGGAUGUUUUAAGUCAUGAUGUUAUUAUGUGAUGAGUGAAGGGUUGUUUUAAGUCAUGAUGUUAUUAUGUGAUGAGUGAAGGGAUGUUUUAAGUCAUGAUGUUAUUAUGUGAUGAGUGAAGGGUUGUUUUAAGUCAUGAUGUUAUUAUGUGAUGAGUGAAGGGUUGUUUUAAGUCAUGAUGUUAUUAUGUGAUGAGUGAAGGGAUGUUUUAAGUCAUGAUGUUAUUAUGUGAUGAGUGAAGGGAUGUUUUAAGUCAUGAUGUUAUUAUGUGAUGAGUGAAGGGAUGUUUUAAGUCAUGAUGUUAUUAUGUGAUGAGUGAAGGGUUGUUUUAAGUCAUGAUGUUAUUAUGUGAUGAGUGAAGGGUUGUUUUAAGUCAUGAUGUUAUUAUGUGAUGAAUGGAUUAUGCAUCCAUUUCAGAGUACUACUUGGAAGACAUCAUUGAGAUGUUGAAUUUCAUCCCUGCUCCCAAUGAUAAAAGGAAGAAACAUGAUGAUGAUGGUGAAGAUGGUGGGGAUGGUGAUGAUGUUAGUUUCUUCUUUUUUUAAAAGAUUUUUUCAAGAACCCAUUCCUAACAAAGUAACUUCCCAAGCCUGGCAUGGUAGUAUGAAUUCAUCUGUGUUAGUAUUGGAGGUUAUGGUGUUACACAUGGCUCUUGACUAGUCUUCAUCACCAUGAAUAUGCUUAAUGUGAAAAUAAGUGCAGUUAUAGAUCAUUUUUAUAAUAUUAUGAUGUACAGCUGGCUUUUCAACAUCAACGUUUUCAGUUUUCAAUGUUUAUGUAGAGAAAGUUAAAAGGAUUUAGAUCUGGCUCUACAAAUAUUCUUCUUCUUCUAUAUCUUAAGGGCUCACGAUCAAUUUAUUGAUCAUUUUGGCUCCUAUAUAAAAUCUCUUCUCUCCAUGGUUCCAAUAAAAACAUGUGAUUUUCUUCAAACUGAUUUAAAAAAAAGAAUUCAUUCAAACUUGAUAAAUCUUAUUAAAUUGCUGAACUUAUAUUUCUGAAAGUAUUAAAUCUUUAAGUAAAAUUUAUCAACUGUAUUGUGUUGUUAAUUAUGAACCAAAUUUCUUUCUAAUGUUCUCUUCACAGGAAAACUGUAAUAAGAUCAUUGCCCAGGGCUAUUCAGAAUCAACUAAAAUUGCCAUGGGCCAGCUGCCGGAGAAAGAAAUCCCUUUUGAUCUUGUAGAGGUAAAAGAGCUUUCUGAAUUUUAUUGGUAAAUUUGUAGCAUUGUUGGGCAAGGAGCAAGGAACAGUAUAAAGUUGGCAAGAUGUCUAGGACGAAUCUUUAUAGUUUGCAAACCUUUGUUUCUUAAAUAGCCUAUAAUAGACAGUCAUUUGUAGAGGGCUGAAAUAUUUUUAUGCACCAUUUUACUAUGCUUAAAAGAAGCUUAGAGAGUGUUAUCAGUAGCGACAAAUUCAAUAUUUAACUUUUAUAUUAUCCUGAUAUAAACAAAACAUUUUUGACCCUUUUCAAUGAAGAUAACAAUUUUUGAGGUAUUUGAAUGCACUCCAGUAUACAUUUGUUUUGGUUGAAAAUCUCAUUGGUAUAUAUUUUAUAUGCUCUUCUUCAUAAACAUAAACUUCAAAUCUGAGUGUUAAAAUGAUGGUCAAUCUCUGCUCUGCAGGCUUUGCUGCGUUACAUUAAGGACUUGGGUGUGCCAGGAGCGGUUUUGUUUUUCCUGCCUGGAUGGAAUCUGAUUUUUAUGCUCCAAAGACAUCUCCAGCAGAGUCCCGAGUUUGGUAAGAUUAAAAUAGCUCUCUGUGUCAAGGCGGUGGUGUUGGCUAAGAACACAUUAUGGUCUUGUCUUUUAAUAGUAAAAAGACACUAUUAAUUAUGGUCAGCAACAUAGAACUCCUGUCUGACAUUAUAAAUUGCUAUUACAUACUGUUAUCAGUAUGGAGAAAUUAAUCUCUUAUUUAAUUUAAUGUACGGCUCGUUCUAAAACAGUACACAACAAAAGACGAUACCAAAUGAUAAAUACAACAACGAAGAAUACGAUACUCAAACCAGGGCUGAUUACAAUUAAUAAAUUUUAUUAGGUUAAUUAUAAAUUACAAAAUGAAAAAGAAAUACAAUUAAAGCUAUUGACUUACAGUAUAAUGAUUGGCUUGUACAGGUACAGUGUCAAAGAAGAAACAAUGUUGUAAAAAUGUACAAUGAUGAAAAGGAAUCUACACACACACACAGUAAACAAAUCUCUGUCUCGUAAAGCAAAACAAUAGCACACGCUCAAAAUAACUCUCGUCUCUGAAUCUGCCGUCUGUCGUUCAAUUCCUCGGCUUUAUAUACCGGUAUUGCCUGUUUCUUUAGACAAUUCUAGAAAUCUACUCAUUGUUCUCGCUUCCAGCUGUUUCUACAAUAUUCUACAAUAUUCAAAUCAUGAAACAGGCCAUAGAUUGUUAAUUGUAGCCGGGGUCAAAGGGAGACUAUAAUUAGUACGCCAGACCCUAAUCGCGCUGCCAUACUUGGGGUCAGCUAGAUUUCACAGCACAGAGCAAUAUGACGUAAACACGUUGUCUACAUAACAAUUGCAAAUAUGAUUUAAAAAAAAAAAAGUUUAAUUUUCAAUCCAUGGUCAAACCGGAGAAUUUUUAAAAAGUGUAGACCGAAAUAUUGAAUGUAUGAAAAUAUAAUUCUGCAGUUUUUAAACAAAUAAAACUAAACAAUUUUUCAAGGAUCAUUCAUUGCACCGCUGAUUUUAAAAAUAAUUAGUUAAGUUAUUCAACGGAGUUAACAACAGAUCAUUUCUUUUGUUGAUGAUUUUGUAAAGCACUCAGUCCAGUGGCAUUUGAUGAUUUUGUAAAGCACUCAGUCCAGUGGCAUUUCAAUGCAAAUCAAAUGUCUUCGGAUAAAACUUAUAAUGUGGAGGAGUUGAAUUCAUUUAAAUGUAAGAUAUUUAAUCACUGUAAAUUUUAACAUUUUAUUUUGUUUCUGUUGUAUCAGCUUGAUUUUUAUAUUAACUAUUUGAACAAAAUAUUUAAAACUCAUACAGGCAGUUCCAGAUAUCGUAUUCUCCCGCUCCAUUCUUCCAUUCCAAGGGAAGAUCAGAGAAAAGUAUUUGAACCAGUGCCGGCAGGAGUUACCAAGGUAUUGUCACAUGGCAGUGUACAGCUUAACAAUACAGCGGUCUCAAAACAAGUCCUCCCCACAAAACCUUCAUCAGAAAAAUAAUUAGCGGCCCAAAAGACUAUGAAAGAAAAAAGAAGGAAAAAAAAACUGGAUAAAAUUUUUAGAAAAAUAGGUAAACUUAACAAUUAGGAUGAACCAGAGCCAAACCACGUUAUUAUUCUAGCAGGGAGGCUUAAACCUAAUGGCAAGAUAAGUUUUGAGGCCUUAGAAGCCAUAGCUUACCUUCAUAUGUCAUUGGUGGACAAUAUUUUUCCUAUUACAAUUUUUCACAGCGCAGAAUAAAUUAGCCACAUGCUGUGGAUUUGGGUAGACAGGUUAUGUUUAUAAUCAACAUCAUUGAGCCAUCUUGUCAUAAUGCCAGGGAAAUAUACUUCAGUAAUAUGUUAUUCAAUCUGAAAUGUUGUUCAAUCCUAUGUUACUUGUUCUGUGUUGCUCAAUCAUAUGUUUCUUAAUAUGUGUUGUUCAAUCAUAUUUUACCUGAUCUGUGUCGACAGAUAAUUUUGUCCACUAACAUAGCAGAGACCAGUGUCACCAUUGACGAUGUUGUCUAUGUCAUAGACUCAUGCAAGUAAGUCACAGUGCAUGCCUCAUCAAUUUAAAUUUCAAGUACAAGUCAAAACCAAUUAUUUCAUUAGUAAGAUACUGACACAAAUAAUAUCUAAUGCCUUAAAGAUAUAUUUGUUUCAUGGAAAUUGGUUCCUACAUAUUUUGAAAUCAUAUCAUUUGGGGGGUGGUCAAUUUUGUGAAAGGCCGUCUAGGGGUAGGUCCCUCUCUCAACGGCAACAGACAAAACACUAUCAGAUCAGAGUCUAAGCUCCGUUUUCUUUCUCCCUUCAAAUAACUUGACGAGAUGGUUUGAAAUAAAGGCAUCCUUUAAUUAAUCAUAUGAUGUGUUCAGACACAUCGCACAAUAAACAAACUAGUUACAAUAGUGUUCACAUUUGAAAGAAUGGAAAUUCCAGCACCCAGCUCAAGCUUAACAAACCAAUCACUCAUUACUUUAAAACAAAUGCAUCUUGAGCCCAUAGCAAUUAAAUCGCACCACCGGGAAUGCGUCAUAGCGCAUUCAUGACUGAGUCAAAGUGGUACGAAAUAAAGGAAAGUUCCAAAAGGAAAAAAUCAUUGCUCACUGUUAAAAUUUUCAACCCAGACACAUAGCAUAAACUUGUGAUCUGACCAUGACGGUUAAUAAAACACGGGAGAGUUCCACAAAGAAUAAAAAGUAAUCCGAGUCAAAUUUUAGGUUGAAAGAGAUGGACCCAAUACCCCCCCCCACCACAUUCUUUGAUUAAUAAGCUCACCAGUUUUUGAGCAGUUCACUAUUGCUAAAUUUUUAAAGGGAUAAUAAAACACGGGAGAGUUCCAAAAAAAAAAAAAAGUAAUCCGAGUCAAAAUUUAGGUUUAAAGAAAUGGACCCCAUCCCCCCCCCCCCCCACAUUCUUUGAUUAAUAAGCUCACCAGUUUUUGAGCAGUUCACUAUUGCUAAAUUUUUAAAGGGACAUCUGUAAUCACAUGUACUUGUUCCAAGAUAACUUUGUGCAGUUUGUGUCUAUAUAUUUAUAGUACAUGUUACAGGAGCUGGAAAUUGGAAGAAAUAAAAACAUUGUACAUUGUUUUAUAAAUCUAAAUAUUCAAUAACAACAUAGUUAAUUUCAUUUCUUCAUCUUACAUUGAUGCCUUCUCAUCUUACAUUGAUGCCUCCUCAUCUUACAUUGAUGCCUCCUCAUCUUACAUUGAUGCCUAAUGUUUGUCUAGGGUAAAAAUGAAACUGUUUACAUCCCACAACAACAUGACCAACUACGCCACCGUCUGGGCCAGCAAGACCAACUUGGAGCAGAGGCGGGGACGUGCCGGUCGUGUGCGAGCUGGCUUUGCUUUCCAUCUGUGUAGCAAAGCACGAUUCCAAAGGUACGUUUUUUUAAGGUUUUAAUUUUUAAAAUUACUUCAAUUUUAGACUGCCAAAACGAAAAGCUUAAUGAGACUUUUGCAGAAAACCGAACAAUUUAGCUAUUUUCUGCAGAUGUCGAAAACUGAUUAGGGGAAAGUAUGAAUAUUUACAUAUUUUUUUUCCACGUGAAUUUGAAUAGAUAAAUAUCCGAUGAAUACUUUGACUUUUACCAUUUCAAUUAUAAAGCAAUUGAAAGUGUUAGAAAAUGUAUUUCAUAGUAGUAUGGUAAGAGAACAUUUUGACUUGGGGGGGGGGGGGGUUGUGGGUUGGGCAAAAUUUAUUCAAAAUAACCCUUGGCCACCCGUUGCUGUUAUAAUUACAAUGCCACCUAGACAUAAUUGGUAUCCUAUGUAUUUUGUAUUGGUAUGGUCCACUAAAGUGUCCAGACAUAAGCCUUGAAGGAACAUUUUGUCCUACUAAACCAUAUCUAUUCAUUGAAACAUGCAUUCUUAUUGGUCGAUGUUUAAAUUUUUCGUUAAUCUGCAAUUAUCAUUUAUUGGCUAAUAAUAUAUUGGACCCAGAUUAAACAAUAGUUGAACAAAAUCUGAGCCAUGUUUGAUGAUACAGUAGGCCUACUACAUAAUGAUUACACGAAUCAGUGAUACAUGCACACGUGUGUGUAAGCUUAUGAUUUAAAUUGAGGGCUAUUUUAUUCCUAAUUAUACAAAAUUGAAAUAAAUAAAUAUAAAUUUUUAAAUAUUACUAAAGGUUUCAUUAUUCUCUUUCUCUAAAUUUGUUUCCAUACUUGUGACUUGUUUUGUGGAAAAUGUUGAUUUUGUCAAUGACAAUGUUUAUCAGCAUGAUAAUGAUGAAUUUCUAUAAAUUAAUUAAAGGAAUAAGCAUGAGGUUCCCUAAUUUUUAUAUAAAUUUUUUUUUUUUUUUAAAUUAAUAAGAAAAUUCGGAUAUUUCCCAAGGAUUUUCUUUUCUUCACAAUGCAGUUCACCUUUGCCUAUAACAACAUUGAUGAGCAUGAUAAUGAUAAAUCAAAAUGAAUGUCACAAAUGAAUGAAUAAACCUAGGGUUCCAAAUUUUUAUUUUUGAAAAAAAAUAAAUAAGACAAUACUAUAAAUAUUACCGUUCCCUUUGGAUUUUUUUCCCCACAAAACCGUUUACCCUUGCCUAAGCCUAGUUGUAAUUUUAUUUUGGAAGUAUUGGAAAAGUAGGUGAUUAUGCUGCUGUGAGCAGUGUACACAGAGGAUUAGACAUAUAUCAUUUUAUGACAGCAAGACUUUGAGCAAUAACGAAUAAGAGAGAGUGACAGUCUGACUUUUGGUAGACCACGGAAAGCCUCAUUAACUUUUGGGAGCAACCGAAAAUAAACUGUGGUUAAGGUGUGGACCUUGUCCUAAACAGCUUGUCUUUUGUAAUUACAGCGGUUGUAGUGUGGACCUUGUACAAGUUUCAUAUUACAUUGAUAUCAAAAGAAAAUAUUGCCAAUUGCACAGGUUUUGAUAAUAAAACUCUUGAGCUAUGAAUAAAAUUCUGUUCAUCAAUUCAGAUUGGAGCAACACGCUACACCAGAGAUUUUCCGGACACCAUUACACGAGCUGGCCCUGUCGAUCAAGCUCCUGAGACUUGGUCCUAUCGGCAUGUUCUUAGCCAAGGCCGUUGAACCUCCUCCAAUAGACGCCAUCAUCGAAGCUGAAGUCAUGCUUAGGGGUUCGUCUCAUAAUAGUUAUAGUGUGUGUGUGGAGCAGAACGAGGGGCUGGGGAGGAGGUCUAGGAGCAAUGAAAGAUGAGGCAAAAAAGUAAUGGAAGAGAGGGUACAUGAAAUAGUAGAGAGGGCUUAAUUGGAAUAUAAAAAAAUGUAAGAUGUCUUGUUUAAAACUAAGGAUAUCCUCCAUGUGUUCAGUGGUUUCUCUAAUCUGGCAACUAAGAUGAAAGUCUCAUGUGUGAACACCCAACAUAUGGGUUAAACUGAAAAUUUAUUCUGUUUUAACAUUGUGCUGGGGUCCUCUAGUUUUUGUUCUUAGCACUUUUACAAGAUUGCAAAGAAGUUUGAAAUAUCAUCAAGUUAUCUCUAUUGGGGGGCAGUGUCAUCUCAAAUCUGAACAUUACUUAUUGCAUAGUCUCUAUAGGUAAUUUACUCCACAAGUCUGAAGCAGUCUGAUGUACACAGCAUAAAUUGAUCUGUGAAACAAACAUUUGAUCACUAAAUGAAAAGUAAUUAAAAUGCACCCCAUGUUCAAAAUGCAUGACUGAGAUUAUGUUGUUUUGACUGAGACAGCAAUGAGAGCACUGGAUGCCAACGAUGAACUGACUCCACUGGGCAGGCUGUUGGCCAAGAUGCCCAUUGAACCAAGGCUUGGCAAAAUGAUCAUCUACGGAUGCAUCUUUUAGUAAGAAUAAUUCUUUUCUACCAUGAUCUGACUUUAAGAAAGAUGAAAUUGAUGAAGAGUUUAAAGGAAAAACCGAAAAUAAACUUAUUUAACCCUGAAUUUUGAGAUAAUAAAUUCUUAACAAUCAUUUUUAUAAAAUUUUUUAUAAAAUUAUAAAAUGAUUUUAAUGCAUAUUUUGAUCAACAGUGUUGGAGAUGCUAUGUGCACCAUAGCGGCCAGCACCACUUUCCCGGAGCCCUUCAUUGUCCCCACUGACCGCAGGAGGCUGGGCUGGGUCCACAAGAACAUGGCCGGGAGCCGGGCCAGCGACCAUGUUGCUUUACUCAAUGCCUUCCAGAUGUGGGAGGAAGCCAGGUGGGUGGACAGCUUAGCUCACAACAUUGAAAUAUUUUAUUUUUAAACAGUAAACUGUGUCAUGGGGAUGUUGUAUGGAUGUUUUAUAAGAUGUCAAUCCUAUGAAUCAUUUUGUACGCUGCAUUAAAAAGUUGACUUAAAAAGAGAGAAUUGGAAUAAUGGCACCAAAAGUUAAAUAUGCUCUUAGUUUUGACCAGUGGUUUUGUUUAUUUGGCAAGACAUUUCUGGCAAUAGAUAUUCAGCUUCUGUUUUUUUAAUAAAAUAUCCUGGCAUCUUUGUGUCAAAAGUUAAAUGUGCUCUUAGGUUUGACCAGUGGUUUUGUUUAUUUGGCAAGACAUUUCUGGCAAUAGAUAUUCAGCUUCUGUUUUUUUAAUAAAAUAUCCUGGCAUCUUUGUGUCAAAAGUUAAAUGUGCUCUUAGUUUUGACCAGUGGUUUUGUUUAUUUGGCAAGACAUUUCUGGCAAUAGAUAUUCAGCUUCUGUUUUUUUUAUAAAAUAUCCUUGUGUUUUUUUUCUAAAAUGAAUUUGUGUUUUUUGAUGUACUCAUUAAUUUCAUCUUUUUUAAGAUAUGCAGUAAUUAAUUACUGACUCCUAUUAUCAAAACCAUCUGUAAAAUAGCUGAAAUUUGAUAAAUGUCUGGUCAGAAAAUGUCUUUAUCAAGUUUUGACUCUGUGAAACUCAUGUUAAGUGAUACAUUUGCCACAAAUCUACUUGAUGUUAUCUUGUCAGGUGUGGAGGAGAACAUGAUGAAAUCAAUUUCUGUGAGAACAAGUCACUGAACAUGCAGACUUUGAGGAUGACAUGGGAGGCAAAGGUGAGAACCCUCUCUCAAUGUCUCAACACUUUAUCAAAGUCUUGGUUUAUGUUUUAAAUUUCAAUCUGAGCAGGCGCUCUGUAUCCUGAUGGGGGUUAAUUUCAAUCUGAGCAGGCGCUCUGUAUCCUGAUGGGGGUUAAUUUCAAUCUGAGCAGGCGCUCUGUAUCCUGAUGGGGGUUAAUUUCAAUCUGAGCAAGCGCUCUGUAUCCUGAUGGGGGUUAAUUUCAAUCUGAGCAGGCGCUCUGUAUCCUGGUGAGGGUUUAAUUUCAAUCUGAGCAGGCGCUCUGUAUCCUGAUGGGGGUUAAUUUCAAUCUGAGCAGGCGCUCUGUAUCCUGGUGGGGGUUAAUUUCAAUCUGAGCAGGCGCUCUGUAUCCUGGUGGGGGUUAAUUUCAAUCUGAGCAGGCGCUCUGUAUCCUGAUGGGGGUUAAUUUCAAUCUGAGCAGGCGCUCUGUAUCCUGAUGGGGGUUAAUUUCAAUCAGAGCAGGCGCUCUGUAUCCUGAUGGGGGUUAAUUUCAAAGGUAACUGUUAUGUUAGAAGACAAUUAGAACAUUUGUUCUGUAUUGUUAAGUGACACCAAAUGAAACUGCAAGACAUUUAAGACAAAUUUCUCAUUUAAAAAUGACACAAUUCAUCCAUGUCUUUUAUUUGACACUUGAAUAAGCAGCCGGUGAUGUCAGGCAUCAUGAACCUAUCAGGUCAGACAUUAGUCUUAGAGUUCCAGGCAAAAUAAUCCAAUGGUAGGGAGAGUAACUUAACUCUUUCCCUCCGGAAUUAUUUUCCACAUUCUGACGGAAUUAUCUAUUUAGGGUUUUUGUUACGCACUACUAUGUUUUCUCUAAACCUUCAUAACGUUUUUGUUUUUAAUCAGAAAAUGUUAAUUUUGGUAUGGAAUUAAAGGGAAAUGCAUGCUCUUUGCAAGCAAACAAGAUUUGGGUUUAAAUUUUAAUAAAUAAAUGUGAUUGUGAUUUAAGGAAAAUAAAAAUUUAUUUUAAAAAACUCACCAAAUGUCACAAAACGCUCAUUCCAAGUGACAAGAAGAGAAAAACAUAAUCCAAAGUGUAACACAAAUGUUUUUUUCCUGAACUAUAUCCAUAUGUGCAUCACAAAUAAUAAAGGUCAACUUUCAAAAAAGAAAACAUUAAACCUCAGAGCAAAUUAUCCAUUGUCACCACCACAUAAAAAAUGUGCAAAAAAAUUUAACUAAUUCCACUGGAAACAAUCUGUUGCUAUUUAAAAAAUAAUUGCACUGUAUCCUUGUAUGUACUAACAUUUAUAAGAGUAAAUGGAAAAUUUACUAUACAUUUGUCACAUAUUUCCAUCUGGGUUUAGCAAUAGUAAGCCUGAAAAAUAAUCCAUAUGGAUGUGCACUUUACCUAGGGGGCGGGGCUGGUUGUUCAACAGCUGAUGAAUUACCCAUUUCAUUAUUUUGCCACUAUUACUACUAAUAAUAUGAUUAUAAUCAUACGAUUCAACAGAAUCAGCCUCUGCAUUUGAAAUCAUAAAAUCACUGUCUGAAUCAUCAUCAGAGUAAUAUUUUCCACCCUUAUUAGAUCGAUCACCAGAUGGGUCAGGUCAAGAUUUCAUGUUUCUAAACAAAAAUAAAAUGGACAAUCAAAACAUCUGCUUCAAACAAUUUGUUCUUCGUUCAAACAGAGUAAAACCGGAUGUUUAUGAAAGGGAAAUCAUUCUAGAAUUGAUUUAAAAUUACUAAAUAUCAAUAGCUAAGAAAAGAACCGAAAUAAACAAGUUUUACGCCAAAAUCUUCAUUUCAAAUCGACGAUGGGAGCGUUGAUCGGGAGGGAAAGAGUUAACAUAAGUCUUAGAUAGAAGUCCAGGCAAAAUAAUCCAAUGGUAGGGAGAGUCACUUAACAUAAGUCUUAGAUAGAAGUCCAGGCAAAAUAAUCCAAUGGUAGGGAGAGUCACUUAACAUAAGUCCUCGAUAGAAGUCCAGGCAAAAUAAUCCAAUGGUAGGGAGAGUCACUUAACAUAAGUCUUAGAUAGAAGUCCAGGCAAAAUAAUACAAUGGUAGGGAGAGUCAUUCACAAGGAGACACUUAUAAAAGCAGAUUUAUUUUAUUGUCCACAGAACCAACUCAGAGACAUCCUGGUCAAUGCUGGCUUUCCUGAGGAAUGUCUACUGGCUCAAGGUUUCAAUUUCACAGGCCCGGACAACAAACUGGACAUUGUAAGUCAGACUUUGAUUUGUGGAAAGAUGUUGGUUUCUGGAUGAAUGUUGGUUUCUGGAUGAAUGUUGGUUUCUGGAUGAAUGUUGGUUUCUGGAAAGAUGUCGUGCAUCUGGAAAGAUGUUGGACCGACUGGAAAGAUGUCAGUUUCUGGAAAGAUGUUGGUUUCUAAAUUUUUAAAAAUAGUUUGAAUGCUGACACAGUAGGGUCCACACUUGUCCACACAAUUUUAUUAAUGGCGGUUUGAAAUAAGUGUCACUGACAAUUUGACAGACCAUACUAUUUAUAACAUGUUGCAUUGCCAAUUGUUAUGUGUGUUCUAGUGCCAAUUGUUAUGUGUCCUAGUGCCAAUUGUUAUGUGUGUCCUAGUGCCAAUUGUUAUGUGUGUCCUAGUGCCAAUUGUUAUGUGUGUCCUAGUGCCAAUUGUUAUGUGUGUCCUAGUGCCAAUUGUUAUGUGUGUCCUAGUGUCAAUUGUUAUGUGUGUCCUAGUGCCAAUUGUUAUGUGUGUCCUAGUGCCAAUUGUUAUGUGUGUCCUAGUGCCAAUUGUUAUGUGUAUCCAAGUGCCAAUUGUUAUGUGUGUCCUAGUGAUACCGUCUAAUAUCACACAAUUGUGUAGAGGACUGCUGUGUCCUAGUGAUACCGUCUAAUAUCACACUGUGUAUAGGACUGUACCCCAAUGUCUGUUAAAUAUCUUUCUCCACCAGGCCAUCACCCUACUGUGUAUAGGACUAUACCCCAAUGUCCGUUAAAUAUAUGUGUGUCUCCACCAGGCCAUCACCCUACUGUCUUUAGGACUGUACCCCAAUGUCUGUUAAAUAUAUGUGUGUCUCCUCCAGGCCAUCACCCUACUGUGUAUAGGACUGUACCCCAACGUCUGUUAUCACAAAGAGAAACGCAAGGUUUUAACCCAAGAGUUCAAGUCUGCCCUUGUGCACAAGUCAUCAGUCAACUGCAGUAACUUUGCCAUAGAGUUUCCCUCGCCAUUCUUUAUCUUUGGUGAAAAGGUCAGCUCAGAUGUUUUACGUACAGGUCUCUUUGAGAAAACAUUUAGAAAAGGGAUUUGUUGUAUUUAUUGUAUAGUUACAUAUUAUUUUACUUUUAGAUGUAGCUUCUAUGAAUGUCAAACAUGUCAAAUUUAUUGUCAAAGAAUGUCAAACAUGACAAAUCUUUUUUUCUAAGAAUGUCAAACAUGACAAAUAUAUUGCUCAAAGAAUGUCAAAGAUGACAAAUCUAUUGCUCAAAGAAUGUCAAGCAUAUCAAAUUUAUUGUCAAAUGAAUGACAAAAAGGAAAAAAAUAUUCAGUUUGUAGCGAGAGUUGAGGUUUUUAUUAUGCAAAUGUAAACAAAUAAUAAUAGUGCCCGUCUUUAAGGACAUAUACUUCACACAGACAUACUUCACAUAGACAUACUUUACACAGACAUAAUUUACAGAUAUACUUUACACAGACAUACUUUACACAGACAUACUUCACACAGGCAUACUUUACACAGACAUACUUCACACAGACAUACUUCACACAUACAUACUUCACACAGACAUACUUCACACAGACAUACUUUACACAGACAUACUUUACACAGACAUACUUUACACAGACAUACUUUACACAGACAUUGUCAUUUGAUUUUAAUGCUUAUAAGAUAGUGGGAUUGCUUUAAUGAUUGAACUUUUUAUGAAUCUAAUAAUAGAAGGAUUGCUCCUCUAAUAAUAGAAGGAUUGCUCCUCUAAUAAUAGAAGGAUUGCUCCUCUCAGUUAUUUGGUUGGAAUGACAGUAAUAUAGUUGACUUAUUUGACAUCCACUUCAGAUCCGCACCAGAGCUGUGUCGUGCAAACAGAUGACCAACGUCUCCCCCAUCCAGCUGUUGCUGUUUGGUGCCAGAAGUGUGACCAAACAAGAGGAGCACGUUGUCCUGGACAAUUGGUGGGUACCUCAGCUGGACUCAUUGGUUUAUCUUUUUCAACUUCCACAAUUAACAGCUCAAAAACUUGGACCUUGAAAUUAAUGGGAAAAGAAAUAAAAGAAGACUCCAAAGAUAUAAAAAGAUGUCUUCUUUUGUUUAUGGACUUUGAAAGAGGAAGGGGAACCACCCACUUCUGUUUAAUAAUAUUUAUACACCCCCUUCAAAAACAUUCAUCUAAUAAGAUACUGAGACAUACUUCAUUCAUCUAAUAAGAUACUGAGACAUCCUUCAUUCAUCUAAUAAGAUACUGAGACAUCCUUCAUGCAUCUAAUAAGAUACUGAGACAUACUUCAUACAUCUAACUCACAAUUUUGUUUGUAUGGCAGUAAAAGUUUUGUUAUUGACAAGUCACUGCAACAAAAUAAGAGUUGGUUGCAAAUUAAAUAAAAUGCAUACUUUUUAAAAAAUCUCACCGCUGAAUUGUAUGCAGUCUGUCUGUAGAGGCAGUUCUGAUAGGCAGUAUAUCUGCAACUAGUAGGCAGAGAAGUUUUAAAAAAAUAACCCUUACUCAGCAGUUUAGAUUUGUUCAAGUGUUCUCAAUCAAUUUCAGGAUAAGUUUAAAGACCAACCCCUACACCGCUGCCAAGGUGGUGGCCCUGAGAGCCCCGCUCGAGGCACUUAUCAUCAGAGCCACCAAAGAGCCAGAGGAGAUCGCUACUCCGAAACCCCAGGAAGAAAACCUGCUCGCUGUGGUCAGAGCAUUAUCUCGGCCCCAGGCCGGCAAACAUGGAUUUGUGCAAGAAAGGUGAGAUUUUUUCAUUUGUAACAGUGACUUUUUCAUGAAGAGGCUCUCUAGGCACAUAACCUGCCCAAGUGAUGGCGGUCACAAAUUGCGGACGUCCCAUUUACCAAAAUGACUUGACAAAACAUGCAAAAAAGUAACACACUUUAUAAAAUUCCUAAUUAAUGCUCUUUGUUUGGGGUUAUCUUUUCACACUUGGGGGCAUUUCGUUUUAAAUUCACCUUUUAAUCUUUAAUUCUGUAUGCAUUUUUCUUUUCAGUGGGAAUUUCAACAGAGGUCGACCUCCACCAAAGAUGGGAAGAAUGGAUGGAGCUUCAGGAUUUGGGAGCGGCAGAGGUGGAGGUGGAUAUGGUGGAGGAGGGGGAUUUGGU